AUCCGACUGCGUGCCUGUACACAGGAGAAUAGGAGCGGGAUUAAAAGAGUGACAACGACAUUAACCUGCAUUGGUGACGGGCGGCGCGAUGCCUAUACCACUACCACUGUCGUGGGGGACAACAAUAAACAGAAAACUAUGGAUGAUUUGGAUGGGCCUAGUUUUCUCAGGUCUUUAUAUUGGCUUUUCGGGAAAGGGUAUUUUCAGACAACACAUCAAAUGCAAGUAAGUAACGUUACUGUACAGUGUUAUUACAGUGCAUUGUGAAACCUACCUGCUAGUGUUAUACUACACUGGUUGCGUAUUAUUAUGCCUAAUCUCCUAGUCCAUGGGCCAGGGGUUCGGUCCGGCUGAUUUGGGGUGGCGUGACGAUAUUUCAUAGUGAUUUUCUUGAAGCUCUAUGUCCCCAGAGUUAGAAAAUGUGUGAUAGCAGAGUAGCAAUGGCAGCUUUGUCUGUGUAAUAACACUUGCUUUCAUCCCUCCCUCCAUCCCAUACAUUUUUCCAAUAGGGAUUUUACCCUUUGACAAACAAUGUAUACAGUAUACAACAAGUUAUUUGUCACAUAUACAGUUUAAUCAUAUAUAAUUGGAAAGCUUAGAUUCACAGCUAUCCAUUAGGCAUAUUUUCGGGAAUGUUCAGGUCAACAGACUUUGACCUUUGACCUCUAGGGUACAUAUCAGAUUUACCUGUAUAAAUUGCUUUAAAAACGAAACCCUGAUACAUUAAACAUUUUGUUUGACAAGUGGUUCUGAAAGGUCAUGAAAUUACCUUUCAAAUUAUAUAUAAUAAAACCAACUUCGAAAGCACCACCUACAACUAUUGUUCAAAAAUAGCCCAUAUUGUGCAAUUAAAUGACAGUAGAAUGUUGGAAGUUUAGCCAUAGAAUUCCAUGUAGUGGGGCAGCUAUGUUUAUGGAUUGUAACUUUAGUGAUAGAAGCACAAGAUUGCACCCACACAGCUAGAAUAGGGUUUUAAAAAUAUUUGUAGAGACAGGGCCAUCACAGGAUUCAUGCAUUAAUCCCAUCACCAUACCUGUAUGAAAUAUAAUUGUAGAAUGCCCAAUAAUAUCAUAAAUGUUCACAGUGAUGUAGAAUACACAGCCAAAUGAGCCAGGUGUGCCAGAUAUAUAAAGAUGUUAAAUUAUUCAAAAAAUUGUUGUAAGAAUGUGCCCAAGAUGGUCCCCAAAUCACUGAUUUCUGAAGAUGUUUUAAUCCUUAAUUGCAAUAUUUCAUGGGAUUUCACAUGUAUAUAUCAAUUUGACAUGUUUGAAGAUGAAGUAUUGCAAUUAAGGAUUUAAAAAAAUACUCAGCCAUGAACACACAAACCCCAUAAGUGAAAACAUUUUUUUAAAUACAUUUUUGCAAAUUUAAUGAAAAUGAAAUACAGAAAUAUCUGAUUCACAUAAGUAUUCACACCCCUGAGACAAUGCAUGUUUGAAUCACCUCUGGCAGCGAUUACAGCUGUGAGUUUUCUGAGUAAAUCUCUUAAGCGUUGCACACCUGGAUUGUACAAUAUUUCCAAAUUGUUCUUAAAAAAAUUAUUCAAGCUCUUUCAAGUUGGUUGUUGAUCAUUGCUAGACAGACAUUUUCAAGUCUUGCCAUAUAUUUUCAAGCUGAUUGAAGUCACAACUGUAACUAGGCCACUCAGGAACAUUCAAUGUUGUCUUGGUAAGCAACUCCAGUGUAUAUUUGGCCUUGUGUUUUAGGUUAUUGUCCUGCUGAAAGUUGAAUUUGUCUCCCAGUGUAUGUUAGAAACCAGACUGAACCAGGUUUUCCUUUAGGAUUUUGCCUGUGGUUCGCUCUAUUCUGUUUCUUUUUAUCCUAAAAAACUCCCUAGUCCUUGCCGAUGACAAGUAUACUCAUAACAUGAUGCAGCCACCACCAUGCUUGAAAAUAUGACUAAUGGUACUCAGUGAUGUGUUGUGUUGGAUUUGCUCCAAACAUAACACUUUGUAUUCUGGACAUAAAGUACAUUUCUUUACCACAUUCUUUGCAGUUUUACUUCAGUGCCUUAUUGCAAACAGGAUGCAUGUUUUGGAAUAUUUUUUUUUCUGUACAGGCUUCCUUCUUUUCACUCUGUCAUUUAGGUUAGUAUUGUGGAGUAACUACAAUGUUGUUGAUCCAUCCUCAGUUUUCUCCUAUCACAGCCAUUAAACUCUGUAAUGGUUUUAAAGUCCCCAUUGGCCUCAUGGUGAAAUUCCUAAGCGGUUUCCUUCCUCUCCGGCAACUGAGUUAGGAAGGACGCCGUUAUCUUUGUAGUGACUGGGUGUAUUGAUACACCAUCCAAAGUGUAAUUAAUAACUUCACCAUGCUCAAAGGGAUAUUCAAUGUCUUCUUCCAAUAGGUGCCCUUCUUUGCGAGGCAUUGGAAAACCUCCCUGGUCUUUGUGGUUGAGUCUGUGUUUGAAAUUCACUGCUCGACUGAGUGACCUUACAGAUAAUUGUAUGUGUGGGGUACAGAGAAAAGGUAGUCAUUCAAAAACUCAUGUUAAACACUAUUAUUGCACACAGAGUGAGUCAAUGCAACUUAUUAUGUGACUUGUUAAGCACAUUUUUACUCCUGAACGUAUUUAGGCUUGCCAUAACAAAGGGGUUGAAUACUUACAGUGCCUUUCAAAAGUAUUCAUCCCCCUUGGUGCUUUUCCUAUUUUGUUGCAUUACAACCUGUCAUUUAAAUUGAUUUUUAUUUGGAUUUCAUGUAAUGGACAUACACAAAAUAGUCCAAAUUGGUGAAGUGAAAUGAAAAAAAUAACUUGUUUCAUAAAAUUCUAAAAAAUAAAUAACGGAAAAGUGGUGCGUGCAUAUGUAUUCACCCCCUUUGCUAUGAAGCCCCUAAAUAAGAUCUGGUGCAACCAAUUACCUUCAGAAGUCACAUAAUUAGUUAAAUAAAGUCCACCUGUGUGCAAUCUAAGUGUCACAUGAUCUGUCACAUGAUCUCAGUAUAUAUACACCUGUUCUGAAAGGCCCCAGAGUCUGCAACACCACUAAGCAAGGGGUACCACCAAGCAAGCGGCACCAUGAAGACCAAGGAGCUCUCCAAACAGGUCAGGGACAAAGUUGUGGAGAAGUACAAAUAAGGGUUGGGUUAUAAAAAAGAUCUAAAACUUUGAACAUCCCAUGGAGCACCAUUAAAUCCAUUAUUAAAAAAUUGAAAGAAUAUGGCACCACAACAAACCUGCCAAGAGAGGGCCGCCCACCAAAACUCAUGGACAAGGCAAGGAGGGCAUUAAUCAGAGAGGCAACAAAGAGAUCAAAGAUAACCCUGAAGGAGCUGCAAAGCUCCACAGCGGAGAUUGGAGUAUCUUUCCAUAGGACCACUUUAAGCCAUACACAGAGCUGGGCUUUACGGAAGAGUGGCCAGAAAAAAAGCCAUUGCUUAAAGAAAGAAAGAAGCAAACACGUUUGGUGUUCGCCAAAAGCCAUGUGGGAGACUCCCCAAACAUAUGGAAGAAGGUACUCUGGUUAGAUGAGACUAAAAUUGAGCUUUUUGGCCAUCAAGGAAAAUGCUAUGUCUGGCGCAAACCCAACACCUUUCAUCACCCCGAGAACACCAUCCCCACAGUGAAGCAUGGUGGUGGCAGCAUCAUGCUGUGGGGAUGUUUUUCAUUGGCAGGGACUGGGAAACUGGUCAGAAUUGAAGGAAUGAUGGAUGGCGCUAAAUACAGGGAAAUUCAGUCUUCCAGAGAUUUGAGACUGGGAUGGAGGUUCACCUUCCAGCAGGACAAUGACCCUAAGCAUACUGCUAAAGCAACACUUGAGUGGUUUAAGGGGAAACAUUUAUAUGUCUUGGAAUGGCCUAGUCAAAUUCAGACCUCAAUCCAAUUGAGAAUCUGUGGUAUGACUUAAAGAUUGCUGUACACCAGCGGAACCCUUCCAACUUGAAGGAACUGGAGCAGUUUUGCCUUGAAGAAUGGGCAAAUAUCAGAGUGGCUAGAUGUGCCAAGCUUAGAGAGACACACCCCAAGAGACUUGCAGCUGUAAUUGCUGCAAAAGGUGGCUCUACAAAGUGUUGACUUUGGGGCGGUGAAUAGUUAUGCACGCUCAAGUUUUCAGUUUUUUUGUCUUAUUUCUUGUUUGUUUCACAAUAAAAAAUAUUUUGCAUCUUCAAAGUGGUAGGCAUGUUGUGUAAAUCAAAUGAUACAAACCCCCCCAAAAAUCAAUUUUAAUUCCAGGUUGUAAGGCAACAAAAUAGGAAAAAUUCCAAGGGGGGUGAAUACUUUCGCAAGCCACUGUAUUGACUCAAGACAUUUCAGCUUUUCAUUUUUUAUUAAUUUGUAAACAUUUCUAAAAACAUAAUUCCACUUUGUCAUUAUUGGGUAUUGUGUGUAGGCCAGUGACAAAACAUCUACAUUUAAUCCAUUUUAAAUUCAGGCUGUAACACAACAAAAUGUGGAAAAAGUCAAGGGGUGUGAAUACCUUCUGAAGGUAUUGUAUCACAUUAUUCCUGCCCCACUGUAGAAAGACAUGCAUGGGAUUCCUGACUAAAUUAAUGGCAUGUUUAGACCAGUUUGAACUCUCUGAGCUGCAUUUCUUGCCAGGUAAACAUCAUAAUAAAAGUAUCACGAUGUGACCAAGACCUCUAUUGGACAAAACAAUGUGCAGUUAUACUUUUUUCAACCUAUUAUCCUCACAUUGUGGACUAUUAUGUGCCAUGCAUGCACUCUUUUAUCAAAACCAUUCCAUAAAAUUGUUUUGCAAUUAUGCUCUUCUCCCCUCUCCCCCAGAUUGAACACAGCAAGAUCUAUGGCCCUCUGUGGAAGUCAAAGUACGGGCCCUUGGUGAUAGUGAACGUGGCCAGUGCUGAACUGAUUGAGCAGGUUUUGAGACAGGAGGGCCGCCACCCCACCCGUACGGACAUGCCCCACUGGAGGAGUUACCGCGAGCUGAGGAACCACGCCUAUGGGCCCCUCACAGAGUGAGUAGACAGUGGAAACCCAGUCCCAGGCCCUGUCAUUGUAGUCUGAUCCCAGAUCUGUUUGUGCUGCCGUGCCAACUCCUAUGGUCAUGACAAGGGCCAUACACUCUUAGAAAAAAAGGUGCUAUCUAGAACCUAAAGGUUAUUUGGCUGUCCCCCAGGAGAAUCCUUUGAAGAACCUUUUUUGGUUCCAGGUAGAAUGCUUUUGGUUUCAGGUAGAAACCUUUUGGGUUCCAUGUAGAACACUUUCCACAGAGGUUCUACCUGGAACCAAAAAAGGGUCCUACCUGGAACCAAAAAGGGUUCUCCUAUGGGGACAGCAGAAGAACCCUUUUGGAACUCUUUUUUUUUAAGAGUGUAGGAGUUGGCUAUACAGUACAAUCUAGGAUCAGGCUACUGUCAUUGCACAGCCAGGAUAUUUAUUAUUUAUUAUUUUAGUAUUUUAUUAGAAUCCCAUAAAGCUUCAGCAACUCUUCCUGGGGUCCAAACAAAACAUAAAACAUGACAUAAUACAUAAGAUCAAUAGACACAAGUACAUCACAAGGACAGAACUACAUUCAUUUAAAAUAAGUAUACAUGCUUUCAUACAUUUAUGCCUUCAUAUUCAUGUGAUUCAUAGACACUACUGAAUGCAAGUGCAACACACAAAAAUGAAAAUGGAAAUGCAAUAACAAGGAGAUUCGUUGCAAAUAGGCUGACACUUUUUCCUCAUCAACACACAAUACCCCAUAAUGACAAAGUGAAAACAGUUUUUUUUUUUAAAUUUACUUAAGUAUUCAGACCCUUUGCUAUGAGACUCGAAAUUGAGCUCAGGUGCAUUGUGUUUCCUUUGAUUAUCCUUGAGAUGUUUCUACAACUUGAUUGGAGUCCACCUGUGGUAAAUUCAUUUGAUUGGACAUGAUUUGGAAAGGCACACACCUGUCUAAAUAAGGUCCCACAGUUGACAGUGCAUGUCAGAGCAAAAACCAAGCCAUGAGGUCGAAGGAAUUGUCCGUAGAGCUCUGAGAUGUAUUGUGUUGAGGCACAGAUCUGGGGAAGGGUACCAAAAAAUGUCUGCAGUGUUGAAGGUCCUCAUGAACACAGUGGCCUCCAUAAUUCUUAAAUGGAAGAAGUUUGGAACCACCAAGACUCUUCCUACAGCUGGACACCCGGCCAAACUGCACAAUCGUUGGAGAAGGGCCUUGGUCAGGGAGGUAACCAAGAACCCGAUGGUCACUCUGACAGAGCUCCAGAGAUCCUCUGUGGAGAUGGGAGAACCUUCCAGAGGAACAACCAUCUCUGCAACACUCCACCAAUCAGGCCUUUAUGGUAGAGUGGGCAGACGGAAGCAACUCCUCAGUAAAAGGCACAUGACAGCCCGCUUGGAGUUUGCCAAAAGGCACCUAAAGACUCUCAGACCAUGAGAAACAAGAUUCUCUGAUCUGAUGAAACCAAUAAUUAACUCUUUGGCCUGAAUGCCAAAUGUCACGUCUGGCGGAAACCUGGCACCAUCCCUACGGUGAAGCAUGGUGGUGGCAGCAUCAUGGGAUGUUUUUCAGUGGCAGGGACUGGGAGACUAGUCAGGAUUGAGGGGAAGAUGAACGGAGCAAAGUACAGAGAGAUCCUUGAUGAAAACCUGCUCCAGGUACACAGGACCUCAGACUGGGCGAAGGUUCACCUUCCAACAGGACAAUGACCCUAAGCACACAGUCAAGACAACGCAGGAGUGGCUUCGGGACAAGUCUCUGAAUGUCCUUGAGUGGCCCAGCCAGAGCCCAGACUUGAACCCGAUCGAACAUCUCUGGAGAGACCUGAAAAUAUCUGUGCAGUGAUGCUCCCCACCUAACCUGACAGAGCUUGAGAGGAUCUGCAGAGAACAAUGGGAGAAACUCCCCAAAUACAGGUGUGGCAAGCUUGUAGCGUCAUACCCAAUAAGACUCAAAGCUGUAAUUACUGCCAAAGUUGCUUCAACAAGGUACUUAGUAAAGGGUCUGAAUACUGAUGUAAAUGUGAUGUUUCAGUUUUUUAUUUUCAAUACAUUUGCAAACAUUUCUAAAAACCUGUUUUCGCUUUGUCAUUAUGGGGUAUUGUGUGUAGAUUGAUGAGGGGAAAAAACAUUUUAACACAUGGAGGCCACUGUGUUCAUCGGGACCUUCAAUGCUGCAGAAAUUAUUUGGUACAAUUCCCCAGAUCUGUGCCUCGACACAAUCAUGUCUCGGAGCUCUACGGACAAUUCCUUCGACCUCAUGGCUUGGUUUUUGCUCUGACAUGCACUGUCAACUGUGGGACCUUAUAUAGACAGGUGUGUGCCUUUCCAAAUCAUGUCCAAUCAAAUGAAUUUACCACAGGUGGACUCCAAUCAAGUUGUAGAAACAUCUCAAGGAUAAUCAAAGGAAACAGGAUGCACCUGAGCUCAAUUUCGAGUCUCAUAGCAAAGGGUCUGAAUACUUAUGUAAAUAUAGCAUACAGAGCACAACUGAAGUCCUUACUCUACUGAGGCUUUGCUUACAAUUGCGUUCUCUAAGCAGGCCCUGAUAUCCUAAUGCCAAGGGCACACCUUAUCUUGAACUUUAAAACACCAGGUGUGCUCAGGAGGGAGAUGCUACAAGCUAUUUAGGUCAGAGGCGUUGUGCUGUUUUACUUGUAUGUAGUUAUGUAGUUAUUCCUGUGUUGCUUGUUCCAACAGCACACUGAAAUAUCAGUGUAGUAAUAGGCACAUGCCCAAGACAUUUCACAAGAAUUUGACAAGCACAAACACUUGAACCAUGGGCUGCAUACAGACCAAGAGCCUAGAUGAGCCAGACUGUACAUGAAACAAAAAACCUAGGACAUAAAACCUCAGCAUGAUCCAUCAUGUCAUGCGUUAACCAGUGUUGUACUAGCAAAGGAUUGUGGUGCAAAGGAUUGUGGUGCAGCUGGGAGCUAGGUUAAAGAGAUUAUCCACUACUUUUGAAUACUUUUAGCCAGUAGUUCUGAAAGUAGCGCUCACAAGCCAAAAGUGGUCCCCGAAGAAUUGUGUACUACAUCACAUAUGUGCAGAUAUGUGCACCAUGUCAUUGCGCUCUCUCCCGCUUUGCUGUGUGUGCAUCUUGCUAGUUGCCACUCAAAUGGCGAGGGGCUGAAGCUCAUUGGCUAGAACUCGAAUCGCUAGGGGGCUGGCCCACGUGGGACCAAAUUUAAGGAAAAUGGCGCAGCACUGCUUCCAGAAAAACAGUUGCUUUCAAACUAGGGGUUUUGUGGAUAAUUGAGGUAAAAUAGUAAUUCUGCUCAUAGAUUAUGCAUGUACGAACUGCACAUUGACACAUCCAGCCCAAAUCGAUUGUGUCACUUUUUGCACACAAUAAUAUGGCAGUGGCACAUGACACUACGUCACAAAAAGUUGGCAAAAUGUGUGGGUUUUCAGUGAAUUUAUCUAAAUCACAAAGCUCAUCUGCAUUUCCUGUGGUGGGGGGAAAUUAUCAGCAACAAAAGAGUGAUCAAAUUAAGAUCCUACAUCUGUACAUAACAAGUUGGCUAAAGUAGAAAUUUUAGAUUAAAUGGAAAUGGAGCUCAGUUAGAAUGGAAAACAGCAUACAUGAGAGGGUCUGUCUGCCUAUGGGUGUUUUGCAUGUUCUCUCUGAAACAGUUCUUCUUUGUUUCAAAGUAUUAUACAGUACCUCUCUUCUCCAUAUUAAAGCAUGAUUCUGUGUGUGUCUAUACUACAGGAUGGGUGCUCAGUGGCAGCGAAUCAGGAGUAUCCUGAACCCGCGGAUGCUGAAGCCCAAACAUGUCUCAGCCUACACCAAUGCCAUCAAUGACGUGGUCACAGACUUCAUAGACAAGGUGGCCUGGCUGAGGGAGACCAAGGGAGAUGGGGUCAUGGUGAACGAUCUGGCUGGAGAACUCUACAAGUUCGCCUUUGAAGGUAAACAGAGGACAUGACUGUCUGUAAUACUUUUCUAGUCCCCCUCAGAUUCAAAUCUGAACCUCUAAGCCAGUUCCACAGCUUUGAAAAAAAUUAUUCCGUUCUAAUCAGGGACCUGGGACACCAAGUGGGUGCAAUUAAUUACCCGGUAGAACAGAAAAACAGAACUAGUCCAGACCUCGUAGGGUAAGAUUUGAAUACACCUGGUCUAGUCAUUAGAAAGGAAAAUCUUAGAACAAUCGAGGAACUGAUAUCUGCUUCAUAAAUUAUAAAAAGCUGUCCUCCUUUUCAUGAUCUUAUAGUUAUGUAAGGACGCUACGUCCUGGUACAGAUGCAAGUGUUUCUGUGUCUUUGGUAUCUCUUUUCUGUGAAUUGGGAGAAGCGUGUGAAUGUGAAAGGACAAGGUGCAUUGUGAGGGUUGUGACGGCUAUAUCUGUUAGAGAGCGAUGACCUUGAAGUAAUUGCACAGUGAUCUUUAGCCUUGGAAGUUGAGUAGAUACUGAGUAGAUGAUCGUUUGACUACCUUGAUAGGUAGGCAAUUCUUAUUAUAAUUUUGAAGGACAGCCUAUUCAUUUGGUCAAGGGCAGCAGUGACGGAAAAUGUGUAACUGAAUGUUCUAGAUCACGUGUCAAACUCAUUCCACGGAGGGUAUUUCUUCUCCUCCCUUGUACUUGAUUGAUGAAUUAAGGUAAUUAUGAAAUAAUUCAUGAAAUAAUUAGUAAAGAACUCCCCUCACCUGGUUGUCUAGGUCUUAAUUGAUUCUAGGCCCUCCAAGGAAUGAGUUUGACACCCCUGUUCUUGAUACAUCCUAUGGUCUUUGCUCGCAUAUAACGAUUGUAUGAUGUGACAUCAUCACCGUCAUACACACUGUAAGCUGCCAUCCUGAUGCUGUAGUGUACCCUUUAACCUCACAUAAUGCCAUCAUACUCAUGAAAUGGUCAUAAAGAAACAAACAAGUAAUUCAUAGGUUAUAACUGUGUAAUUACCAUUUUACCAUGCACUUUCUAAGUAAAUACCUGCUACUUUCUCUACUGGCAUUGAAUGUGAUGCCUUUGGAUAUCAAUAAAGUAUAAAUCUAUCUAAUCUAUAUACAAUGAAAUAAACUGAUACCAUUGUUUCUCUCUGUCCUCAGGGAUCUGUUCUGUGCUGUUUGAGACCCGUAUGGGCUGUCUGAAUGAGGAGGUUCCUGAAGAGACCCAGAAGUUCAUUGUCUCAGUAGGAGAGAUGUUUCGCCUCUCCCCCAUCAUCAUUCUCUUCCCCAAGUCCACCUGGCCCUACCUCCCCUUCUGGAAACAUUUUGUGGCUGUCUGGGAUCACCUCUUCAAAGUUGGUGAGUGAUCCAGCCUUGAAAUCCAGAAUGAAUCAUGCUCUGUUUCACAAUAACAAUUAUGAGAAGAGAUGAUAUUAUACUUUAUUGUCUGCUUUCUUGCGCAGAAAUUAUAUCACGUAUAAAAAAUAGUUUAAAAAGGUACACAGUAAAACUUCACGUGACAUAACACAUCAUCACAUAGCCAUGAACGUAAGUAACCUCUACUGCAAGAAAGCAAGUGAGGGGCGGGAUGUAAGGUAUAUUUGGAGGGCACUCAUUUACUCGUUUCGCAUGUGAAACAUGCAAAUGGUACAAUGUGUUAAUGUUGUUGAUGUUAUGUUAUCAUCAACAACAACAACAUACACAUUGCACGUUUCCGAUGUUGGCACUACAGUGACCAUACGUACAUACAUGACUGUAAGUCGCUUUGGACAAAAGCGUCUGCUAAAUGGCAUAUUAUAUUAUUAUUAUUAUUAUACCCCAACCAGAAGCCAUGGAUUACUGUAAGGGUUGGUGUGAGGUGUGACCCAGGUGCGGUGCAGGAUAGAUAGUAAGCAGAGAUGGUGAAACAAGGAUCUUUACUGGUGGUCCCAAAGCCAGGAUACAAAGCAACAGACUUAACACGAUGAAAGAAAGGUGGAGCAAAUAAGUCUCCAAAAACAGGCUGACAGCCAAAAUACGAAUUAGUAACUAUGACUGAAAUAAUAAAGAAACAGGGAGAACACUUCUCGAGUACCUGUACAUACUUCUCCGAUCAGACACUGAUUAGUACUGCUGAGCAUAGAGAAGCUAGCAGAGAAAACUGAGCAAGGGAACACAGAGAAGUGAGGGCAUAAAUACACAGGUGAACAGGUAGACACAGGUGACACCAAUAGGAUUAUGAUUAGUCCAGACUGUGAGAAGGAGGUGCCUAAGGUAGUUGGAGGAUGACACCUAGUGGGUCGCUCCGGAACUGCGACCCCCUCCUGUAUCAGAUUACAGGCAACAUCCGUACUAAGCUAAAGACUAGAGCUGUCAAUUUCAAGGAGCGGGACACUAAUCCGGAUGCUUAUAAGAAAUCCCGCUACGACCUCCGACGAGCCAUCAACAAGGAAAAGCAUCAAUACAGGACUAAGAUCGAAUCCUACUACGCCUGUGGCAGGGCUUGCAAACUAUCACGGAUUACAAAGGGAAUCCCAGCUGCGAGCUGCCCCGCCACGCGAGCCUACCAGACAUGCUAAAUACCUUCUAUGUUCGCUUCAAGGCAAGCAACACUGAACCAUGCAUGAGAGCACAAGCUGUUCCGGACGACUGUGAUCUCGCUCCCUGUAGCCGAUGUGAGUAAGACCUUUAAACAGGCCGCUCAGGGGUGUGUGCUUAUUCCCCUCCUGGACUCCCUGUUCACCCAUGACUGUGUGGCCGCGCACAACUCCCAACACCAUUAUCAAGUUUGCUGACGACACAAUGGUGGUAGGACUGAUCACUGACAACGAUGAGGCAGCCUAUAGGGAGGAGGUCAGAGACCUGGCAGUGUGGUGCCAAGACAACAAACUGUUCCUCAACGUCAGCAAGACCAAGGAGCUGAUCGUGGACUACAGGCAAUGGAGGGGCGAGCAUGCCCCCAUCCACGUCGAUGGGGCUGUAGUGGAGCGGGUUGAGAGCUUCAAGUUCCUCAGUGUCCACAUCACUAAGGAAUUAACAUGGUCCACACACCAACACAGUUGUGAAGAGGGCAGGACAGCGCCUCUUCCCCCUCAGGAGGCUGAACAUUUUUUACAUGGGCCCUCAGAUCCUCAGAAGAUUCUACAGCUGCACCAUUGAGAGCAUCUUGACUGGCUGCCUCAGCGCUUGGUAGGACAACUGCAAGGCACCCGACCAUAAGGCGCUACAUAGGGUGGUGAGUACGGCCCAGUACAUCACGGGUGCCAUCCAGGACCUCUAUACCAGGCGGUGUCAGAGGGAGGCCCAAACAAUUGUCAAAGACUCCAGCCAACCAAGCCAUAGACUGUUCUCUCUGCUACCACACAGCAAGCGAUAGCAGUGCACUGACUCUGGAACCAACAGGACCCUGAACAGCAUUAUACCGCAAAGCCAUAAGACUGCUAAACAAGACUGCUAAAUAGCUUAUCAAAUGGCUACCCGCUGCUGCUACUGUCUAUUACAGUGGGGGGAAAAAGUAUUUAGUCAGCCACCAAUUGUGCAAGUUCUCCCACUUAAAAAGAUGAGAGACGCCUGUAAUUUUCAUCAUAGGUACACGUCAACUAUGACAGACAAAAUGAGAAGAAAAAAACCCAGAAAAUCACAUUGUAGGAUUUUUUAUGAAUUUAUUUGCAAAUUAUGGUGGAAAAUAAGUACUUGGUCAAUAACAAAAGUUUCUCAAUACUUUGUUAUAUACCCUUUGUUGGCAAUGACACAGGCCAAACGUUUUCUGUAAGUCUUCACAAGGUUUUCACACACUGUUGCUGGUAUUUUGGCCCAUUCCUCCAUGCAGAUCUCCUCUAGAGCAGUGAUGAUUUGGGGCUGUCACUGGGCAACACGGACUUUCAACUCCCUCCAAAGAUUUUCUAUGGGGUUGAGAUCUGGAGACUGGCUAGGCCACUCCAGGACUUUGAAAUGCUUCUUACGAAGCCACUCCUUCGUUGCCCGGGCGGUGUGUUUGGGAUCAUUGUCAUGCUGAAAGACCCAGCCACGUUUCAUCUUCAAUGCCCUUGCUGAUGGAAGGAGGUUUUCACUCAAAAUCUCACGAUACCUGGCCCCAUUCAUUCUUUCCUUUACACGGAUCAGUCGUCCUGGUCCCUUUGCAGAAAAACAGCCCCAAAGCAUGAUUUUUCCACCCCCAUGCUUCACAGUAGGUAUGGUGUUCUUUGGAUGCAACUCAGCAUUCUUUGUCCUCCAAACACAACGAGUUGAGUUUUUACCAAAAAGUUAUAUUUUGGUUUCAUCUGACCAUAUGACAUUCUCCCAAUCCUCUUCUGGAUCAUCCAAAUGCACUCUAGCAAACUUCAGACAGGCCUGGACAUGUACUGGCUUAAGCAUGGGGACACGUCUGGCACUGCAGGAUUUGAGUCCCUGGCGGCGUAGUGUGUUACUGAUGGUAGGCUUUGUUACUUUGGUCCCAGCUCUCUGCAGGUCAUUCACUAGGUCCCCCCAUGUGGUUCUGGGAUUUUUGCUCACCGUUCUUGUGAUCAUUUUGACCCCACGGGGUGAGAUCUUGUGUGGAGCCCCAGAUCGAGGGAGAUUAUCAGUGGUCUUGUAUGUUUUCCAUUUCCUAAUAAUUGCUCCCACAGUUGAUUUCUUCAAACCAAGCUGCUUACCUAUUGCAGAUUCAGUCUUCCCAGCCUGGUGCAGGUCUACAAUUUUGUUUCUGGUGUCCUUUGACAGCUCUUUGGUCUUGGCCAUAGUGGAGUUUGGAGUGUGACUGUUUGAAGUUGUGGACAGGUGUCUUUUAUACUGAUAACAAGUUCAAACAGGUUCCAUUAAUACAGGUAACGAGUGGAGGACAGAGGAGCCUCUUAAAGAAGAAGUUACAGGUCUGUGAGAGCCAGAAAUCUUGCUUGUUUGUAGGUGACCAAAUACUUAUUUUCCACCAUAAUUUGCAAAUAAAUUCAUAAAAAAUCCUACAAUGUGAUUUUCUGGGUUUUUUUCUUCUCAUUUUGUCUGUCAUAGUUGACGUGUACCUAUGAUGAAAAUUACAGGCGUCUCUCAUCUUUUUAAGUGGGAGAACUUGCACAAUUGGUGGCUGACUAAAUACUUUUUUUCCCCACUGUAUCUAUCCUGUUGCCUAGUCAGUUUAACCCUACCUACAGUUGAAGUCGGAAGUUUACGUACACUUUAGCCAAAUACAUUUAAACUCAGUUUUUCACAAUUUCUGACAUUUAAUCCUAGAAAAAAAUAUGUUUUAGGUCAGUUAGGAUCACCACUUUAUUUUAAGAAUAUGAAAUGUCAGAAUAAUACUAGAGAUAAUUAUUUAUUUCAGCUUUUAUUUCUUUCAUCACAUUCCCAGUGGGUCAGAAGUUUACAUACACUCAAUUAGUAUUUGGUAGCAUUGCCUUUAAAUUGUUUAACUUGGGUCAAACAUUUCGGGUAGCCUUCCACAAGCUUCCCACAAUAAGUUGGGUGAAUUUUGGCCCAUUCCUCCUGACAGAGCUGAUGUAACUGAGUCAGGUUUGUAGGCCUCCUUGCUCGCACACGCUUUUUAAGUUCUGCUCACACAUUUUCUAUAGGAUUGAGGUCAGGGCUUUGUGAUGGCCACUCCAAUACCUUGACUUUGUUGUCCUUAAGCCAUUUUGCCACAACUUUGGAAGUAUGCUUGGGGUCAUUGUCCAUUUGGAAGACCCAUUUGCGACCAAGCUUUAACUUCCUGACUGAUGUCUUGAGAUGUUGCUUCAAUAGAAUUUUCCUUCCUCAUGAUGCCAUCUAUUUUGUGAAGUGCACCAGUCCCUCCUGCAGCAAAGCACCCCCACUGCAUGAUCCUGCCACCCCCGUGCUUCACGGUUGGGAUGGUGUUUUUCGGCUUGCAACACCCCCUUUUUCCUCCAAACAUAACGAUGGUCAUUAUGGCCAAACAGUUCUAUUUUUGUUUCAUCAGACCAGAGGACAUUUCUCAAAAAAGUACGAUCUUUGUCCACAUGUGCAGUUGCAAACCGUAGUCUGGCUUUUUUAUGGUGGUUUUGGAGCAGUGGCUUCUUCCUUGCUGAGCGGCCUUUCAGGUUAUGUCGAUAUAGGACUCGUUUUACUGUGGAUAUAGAUACUUUUGUACCUGUUUCCUCCAGCAUCUUCACAAGGGUCCUUUGCUGUUGUUCUGGGAUUGAUUUGUACUUUUCGGACCAAAGUACGUUAAUCUCUAGGAGACAGAACGCAUCUCCUCCCUGAGCGGUAUGACGGCUGCGUGGUCCCAUGGUGUUUAUACUUGCGUACUAUUGUUUGUACAGAUGAACAUGGUACCUUCAGGCAUUUGGAAAUGGCUCCCAAGGAUGAACCAGACUUGUGGAGGUCUACAAUUUUUUUUAUGAGGUCUUGGCUGAUUUCUUUUUUGAUUUUCCCAUGAUGUCAAGCAAAGAGGCACUGAGUUUGAAGGUAGGCCUUGAAAUACAUCCACAGAUACACCUCCAAUUGACUCAAAUGAUGUCAAUUAGCCUAUCAGAAGCUUCUAAAGCCAUGACAUCAUUUUCUGGAAUUUUCCAAGCUGUUUAAAGGCACAGUCAACUUAGUGUAUGUAAACAUCUGACCCACUGGAAUUGUGAUACAGUGAAUUAUAAGUGAAAUAAUCUGUCUGUAAACAAUUGUUGGAAAAAUUACUUGUGUCAUGCACAAAGUAGAUGUCCUAACCGACUUGCCAAAACUAUAGUUUGUUAACAAGAAAUUUGUGGAGUGGUUGAAAAAUGAGUUUUAAUGACUCCAACCUAAGUGUAAGUAGACUUCCGACAUAGCUACCUCAAUUACCUCGUACCCCUGCACAUCGACUCGAUACUGGUACUCCCUGUACAUAGCCAUGUUAUUUUUACUCGUUAUUCACUGUAUUUAUUCCUUGUGUCUCUAUUUAAAAAUAUGUACAUGCUUUUGUAAACAAGGUGUAGACUAACAGUGAAAUGCUCACUUUCAGUUAUUUGAAAAGGAAAUAAUCUCCCAAAUGUCACUAUUUCUAAAACAAGCCAUAGAAAGUUGGUUGCAAUUUCAAUUUAAUCCUCCAGAAACGACAGAACAAAUAAUGCAACAAAUAUUGUGGUUAAAUUCAAAUAUACUAAUUGACAAAAAACCUUUAUUUUUUGACAGAAUGUUUAAAAAAGGUAUAAUCUUCGUAAAUGAUAUCAUCGGUAGGACUGGUGGAGUUAUGUCGCACAUGCAGCUAACAAAAACAUAUGGAAAUGUCUGCUCUACCCAAAAUUACAACCAAAUAAUUGCAGCCUUACCGCAAAAGUGGAAGAGGAAAGUUGAAGGGGGAGAAAGUAAGGAACUUGUCUGUCGGCCUUGCAUUAAAGAACAUAAUUGGUUAAGGAAAACUGUGAUAAAUAAAAAAGUAUAUCAGUUUCACUUAAGGACCAAAGGAUUGACAGCCGUCCCAUAUAGAUUGCAAAAUAGUUGGGAAGAGAUCUUUGACGUACCAAUCCCAUGGCAUAGUGUUUAUGAACUGACACGCAAAACGACACCGGAUUCAAAAAUUAGAAUCUUUCAAUUUAAAUUAUUAUUAAAAAUUAAAAUUCUUGCUACCAAUAGAAUGUUAUUGAUAUGGGGGAUACAAUCUUCCCAGCUCUGCAGAUUUUGCUGUGAAGAGAUAGAAUCAUUAGAUCAUUUGUUUUGGUUCUGUCCAUUUGUAGCUUGUUUUUGGACACAGGUCCAGGAAUGGCUAAAGGAUUGCAAUAUUUACCUGGAACUAACCUUGCAGAUAGCAUUACUGGGUGAUCUGAAAAGUCAUAGUCAAUCAAUCAAUAAUAUAAUAAUACUUUUAGCAAAAAUGUUUAUUUUUAAUUCACAAUCUGUAGAAGCAAUGAGAAUAGAAAGGUUCAGAACUUUUGUAAAACAUCACAGUAUGGUUGAAAUAUAUAUGGCAAAUAGAAAUCCUAUAUGGAUGGUGUUAAGAGAUAGAUGGGAGGUAUUGAAUAGAGUUGAAGGAUGGGACUAAUAACAAAUAACAACAAAUAAUAACAAAGAUAGCUAAUAAUGUAAGCAUACUGUGUCCAUAAUAAGUAUAUAGGUUGUAUGUUGGGAGCUUUUGGGAAAGAGCACAGUUAGAAAGAUAUGGCAUUUAGAAGCAAACCGGAUGGACAUCAUGAAAAUGAUCGGAGAGGUUGAGAGUAGAAGAAGUUCAGGAGCAAAAAAAAAAAAUAUAUAUAUAUAUAUAUAUAUAUAUAUAUAUAUAUAUAUAUAUAUAUAUAUAUAUAUAUAUAUAUAUGGAUAUAGAAUUAUUGUAAAAUUAACUCUGUCCAUAAGGUGUAGAUAGUAAUUAUAGACCGGAAGUAGAGGCCUGGGCGUUGUUGUUCACUAAUUUACUCCAAGUAGGGAAAGGAUGGUGGGGUUGAAAAGUAAUAAAGGGGAAUAUAUAAAAAAUAAAAAAAACAUGGGGGAUUGGAAGUGAUGCAGACAAUUACAUUGAUAGAAGAUACAAUCUAUCUGCAAUAUUAAGCUGAUCCAUCCCCCCCCCCCCAAAAAAAAAAAAAAUGAAACAAAAUAAAAAUAAAGAAAGAAAAAAACAGUGAAAUGCUUACUUAAUGGUCCUUUUUCAACAAUGCAGAGUUAAAGAUAUAAAUAUAUAACAUUUGAUUUAAUUUCUCAUGUGAAAGGAGUGAGUGCCCCCACAUACCCUACAAUACUACGUCUCCUUUAGUUUCAGCAGAGGUUUCUAAAGUUCAUGGCUGUGUUUCAGCUCUAAGCAAAUCAAACAGGUUCACUGCUCGUGGCUAGAGACAUGCCCCACUAAGCAAAGUUCACGCUGAUAAUCCUUGCCUUGUUGGGUUGAGCUCAGGGUGCGCUAUAGGCUACAUUGUAGAAUAUCGCCAUCUAGUGGCAGAUAUCAUACAUGAGCAAAAAUAAAAUCCCAUCAUGAGUCAGGUCCAUAGCAAGGAUGAAUUUCAAAAGUCUUUCCUCGAUUAUUUGCAUCCUCUCCUUGCCUCCUCCUCAGAACAUCAGAGGGAAGUGAGGGAGGAGAAGACUAUGCAAUGCUAUCCUCGCUCUUCUUUGAUGUUUUGAGAAGAAGGCGAGGAUGUCACACUCUCUUGCUUAGCCAGUACUACUUUCUCCUGAUUCAGCUCAUACUGAGGCUUGAACACAGGACAUCUCACUUGCAAACACCUGUACCCGCCCUCCUGAAGCGUCUUACCCAGUUGCGCCACUGAAAAGCAAGCUAUUCUGCAGAGCAAGUGGGACACUUCAGGCUGAGGAGUGAGUUUCACAGAUCCCUAUCUGCUACACAAGGAAUUGAGAAAAGACUUGAGAUUCACCCUAAGUAUCUAUAUUGUCUUUGUGCUGGUUGCUGUGUCCUCUGACCUCUGCCCUCUCCCCAUGCAGCUGAGGAGCAGGUGCGUCAGAAGAUGGAGGAGAUCCAGGAGAGGGUGCGCCUGGGCCAGCCGGUGCAGGGAGAGUACCUCACACACCUCCUGGUCAGUGAACAGAUGUCUGUCACUGAGAUACUGGGCUCCAUCACUGAGCUACUGCUGGCUGGGGUCGACACGGUGAGGAUAAGGGGUGUGUGUGUGUGUAUGUGUGUGUGUCUUAAAAUACCAGUGAGGAGCUGUUUCACAGAAGGGUGGAAACAGGUGGAGAAUGGGGUGAUGGCCAGGUGGGGGUAUGUUUUUUUUUCUUAAUUUCAGCCAUUUUAGAUUGUGAUUUGUUGAGUGAACAUUUGCAACAUAACCACAUUAGCUACCUACGUCAUGUACAGUUACAACAGCAGCAUAACAGUAUCAGUACAAUAUUAUUAGCUUACAACCUAUUCCUAUUGUAAUUGUUUUUGUAUGCUCCAGACGUCCAACACCAUCUCGUGGUCUCUGUACCACAUGGCCCUGGAGCCAGAGAUCCAGGAGAAGCUGUACCAGGAAGUGAACAGUGUCUGCCCGGGGGACAAGGUGCCUACUAGUGAUGACAUCGCCAGAAUGCCCUGGCUUAAGACUGUUGUCAGGGAGACACUACGGUACGUUAAUAGUAAUCUGUCAUCCCCACUCAGGUCAUUUCAGUAAAUUCACUCAUUAAUAAAGUGAAUAAUGGGUUAUUAAAGUUAUUAUAUUCAUAAUGAAUUCUUCAUAAUUAAUUAUAAUGAGUUGUUAAAUUAAUUCUACAUCACUGUGCCUAUGUGUAAUUUUUUAGAAAUUAUUUAUUUAUUGUUAAUUAGUCAAAUGGAGCCAAUCCCUUCCUCUCUCGAAGCUGUACCACAUAGAGCUAUAUUUUAGCAUGAACUCUGCAGUCGAAACGAACUCCACUGUAGCGAACUCUUACGCCUGCGCAUGCGCACGCUCUCUCACCACCAUGUGUGCAAACACACUUCCUCUCUACCCCUAGUGACUGUCUUGUAUACUCCCUCCCCAGGAUGUACCCAGUAGUACCAGGAAAUGCCCGCAUCAAUGUGGAAAACGAGAUAGUUGUGGGGGACCACCUCUUCCCCAGAAAUGUGAGUUUUACAUUUGUGAUCUUGUACUGUUGGAAAUGGUUGCUAUUGGUGAACUUAAUUAUUUUCAUCCUGUAUGUAGAGGAGAUCCGAUCACACUUGUAUAUUCAGUUUUAUCCAGAGAUAUACAUGUAGUUUCACCAUUCAAUAUUUGAUUUAGUUAAAAUCCAGGGUAGAGUUUUGGUUUGUCAAUAUCGCUCAUACCAAACAGUUAUACAGUAUAACAUUACCACAGAUCAGAGUUAGAGAGCGGCUGUGUUUGACUGUUCUCCCUCUCUUCUGUCCUCUCCCUCCAUCACCGCUCUCUCCUCCUUUCUUUCCAUCUCUCUGUUCCAGACCCUGUUCCACCUGUGUCACUAUGCCGUGUCCUAUGACCAGACAGUGUUCCCGGAGCCCCAUGCCUUCCUUCCAGAGCGCUGGCUCCGUGGGGGCCGGGGGGAAGACAAGAAGAACCAGCACCCCUUUGGCUCAGUGCCCUUCGGUUUCGGAGUCCGGGCCUGCCUGGGCAGGAGGGUGGCCGAGCUGGAGAUGUACCUCAUCCUCUCAAGGGUAAAAAUUCCAGGCCUGCUCUGUACUGUUAUAGCAUCAGCUACCCCUACAGCAGCUACCCUUCAUUAAACAGCAUUAUUCUGUUGUUAUGUAGAACUGUAAUAGUAACUUGGGAUGCAGACCACAUGGUACAAAGCAAGCUUUUCUGCUUCUGGUAAUGGUCAGGCAACUGUGUGAUAGAACAGGGGUCAAUACAGCAUCCUCUGUCUAUAAUACAUUUCCUACAACAAUUUUCAUAUUUCAUUUGACAGUGACUCUAGAGGGUUGAGAGGUUAAAGCUACGGUAGGUUAUACAAGUUUAACCUACUGUUUAGCCCCAACCCCAGGACAUUGAGUAAGUUAGUUAGUUAGUGUUGCUCUAGUCUGUAGUAACAGUCUUAAAUAAUCUGGUUCAACUGGUUGUGGUGUUCCUCUGUUAGCUUUGGCAUUGGAAGAAAAACAUGACAGACCAGAUCUCCACCUUUGGUCUGAUUCAUCCCUCUGUUAGCUUUGUCAUUGGAAGGAAAACAUGACAGACCAGACCAUCACCUUUGGUCUGAUUCAUCCCAUCUUCAUACAUGGUGAUACCAUAAAUCUGUCUGUCGGCAUGGAAAUGUAAUCAUUAACUUAACUCGGAUUGUUGGAAGGAGUUGUACUUUCAAACCUCCAGCCUUUAAGAUCCUGUAUAGUGUUCUAAUAUUUUUUAUUGAUUCAGAGAUUUUACAGUUUAAUAAUAGGAUAGAACAAUGACUUUCACAUUAUCUAUUUACUGUAAAUGUUUAAACUGUCACGACACAUUGUGAUAAAACAUUGCCAUUAAUUUACCCACUAGGAGAGAUAUGAACUAGGUUCUAGGUUAUUGUGCAAUUCAUGAGUUUUUAUUUUUGUUCCUUUUAUCUAUUAUGUCAGUAUAUCUCUUUCCAUUGAACAUGUGGAUAGCUGAUAUUCUCUCAGAUUAGGACAAUAACAUACUAAUGUCAACAUGUUUUCCUCUCUCUGUCCUCCCAGUUGAUAAAACACUAUGAAAUACGCGCAGAUCCUGCCGGAGCCACAGUCAAGCCAAUCACAAGAACCCUUCUUGUCCCUGCUACCCCAAUCAACCUGCAGUUUAUUGAUAGGACAGUCCAGUAGCAAGAGGAACCAAUGGCAGCAGAAGGAGUUUCCCUAUGAAACACAUUAGUAUCAAAGAUUGUCUAUUAUAUUGACAAAAUAGUCAAGUGACCGCUGUAACAAUGGAAAUACAUGUCCUCAAAGAUGGAAGGCAGGCGGGAGGAGGCGAGAUCAGGUGGGAACAUUCUAGCCAAUGAGAGGGCAGAUACGCAUGUGAACAGCAGGCUAAAGAGAUAGAUAGAGGACUCAUCUUUGUAUCUGUGCUAUUAUAGCGUCUGUGACAGGAUGGGCAGCGUCAUUGAGGCUAUCGCCAUUUUAAAGUAGUCCAUUUUCUUCUUCAUUGAUUGCUCCAUCUUCAGUGGCUGAAUUCCCACCCAAUUGACUACUUUAAAAUGGUGGAAGCCCUCAAUGGCAAUGUCCAUGCUAAAGCGUGUUAUAUCCAUGAUGAGUUCUCUAUCUAUUUCUAUGACAACAGGCACAACUCAAAGUUGCCGAAAUGCCACGUGCAUCCACUGAUAUCAGUGCAUUCGUAACAACCUAACCAUUAAGAAACUUCUAUUCAAGCAAAUAAGCCUCACAUAGCAAAUUAGCAAUUUUUUGUUGACCAAAUUAGACACUCUCAUUGGUCUCUAUACAGAAAUUCCUCAUUUUGUGUGCUUAUUUUCGUGGACAGAUUUUGGGCGGAGUAAAACUCUCGCUUCUCCUCUUCCUCUCUGUUAGUAUGCACACCGUGUAAGUCUUCAUGUCACCAAGCACUUGUUAAUGGACAAGUCACUAAGUGUACUACUUUACCUCAUUUAACUUUCCCAUGCCUUAAUAAAUGACCCACAAAUGUGUAACAUCAUGACCACAACACAGCGAGACCACAGUAAGACCCUGUUGUUGACGGUGUGUUGUCAUUAUUUUAACAUUUAUUUGUUUCGUUUAAUUUAGCAACAACUGUCUUGCUCCAGUUGAGGCUAUUUGUUAUUUGUCGCUAAUAAACACUGUGUAAUUUGUAUGUUCUUUUUAAAAGUUAUGUGAUUUUAAAAUGUAUUUUAUGUUAUAUGACAAUGCACAUAAUAUUAUAGAUGUAUAAUUACCUACAAAGUUAUGUUGUUGAUGUUACAAUUUUCAGUAUUGAAGACCAAUAGAAAAAGUAUGGGCUUUAAUUGAAGAUAUAUUUCAUUUAAAAAAUAGAAAAAAUAUAAAUGAAUGUAACAAUAAAAUUGCCUUAUAAACUCAGACAUUUUUGUGAUGUAUUGGUGUACUUUUCACAGAGGUCCCUCUUGAGGACAUUCUCUAGUAUUACACUGAUUUAUAAGACAGUUUGCACUUUGCCCAAUGAAAGCUGGGCUAAGUCCCAAAUGGCACCCUAUCUCCUAGUGCACUGAUUUUGACCUGGGCCCAUAGGGGAUAGGGUGCCAUUUGGGAUGCAGAGUUUUAGCCGCAACACUACUAGAGAUGCUACUGCGGAAUAACAGCUGGUACUGCUGGGAAUCUUCAAUUAUGAGGUUCCGCAAUUCCACAGUUCCACUAUUUGUUUUACUAAUUUACUCACCAAUCUGUAACAGUAUGAUAUUACACUGUUGUUACACUGGCAUAAAGCUACUGUAAUAUAAAGUGCCACAGAAAAGGGUUGUGACUAGAGAGAGUACAGCUACGACCGGAAGUUACUUUUCAUAGCAGGUUAGGAGAGCAUUUUAGCUAACCCUAACCCUUUUCCUAACCUUAACCUAAGUCUCCUAACCUGCCACGUUAAUUAUCCUAACCUGCUACGAAAAAGUCACUUCCGUCGUAGCUGUACUCCCUUUAGUCAGAACCACAGAAAAGGUUAGAUUUUCUCCACCAGAUAGUAAGACUAGAUACGUCUUAGGUAUACUGAAGAGUCUUUUAUCACAAAAUAUAUUUAGUAAAAGUCCUGUUAUUCAUGUUUCCCAAGUAUUCAAUUCAAUUCAAAUAACUUUUAUUUCAUGAGAGGGUACUUCCUGUGCGGUGACGGGUUGAUACAUACAAGACACUUAACAACAUAGCAAAAUAGAACACAAAAACAUUAACAGUAUAAUAGAUUAGAUUAGAAGUAAUCUAUGCAAUCACGGGCUAUAUAUACACAUAUAAAACAUAAAAAACGAGAAGCUGCUCUCUUAGACUUGUAUGACAGAUCUACAGUAUAUCUGCGUCCAGAGGGUAUGGUACUGGUCAUGGAGUGUGUACGUAAUGUCCAAGGCUAUUUGUUCCCCCUUCUUCCUCACUUGUUUUUUUUUAAUAGAUGUCACUAAGGGGUUUCUGGCUUUCUGCAAUGACCUUCCCACUGAUUUUUAUUACAAUGGGUUCUAACAAGUGUUCCAUAGAGCACCAAACCACUGCACAAUAUUAAAAGCUAGGAUGGAUUCUAUAAAGUAUUUAUAAAAUGCUUGGAGGAUGGAUUGGUGUACAUUACACUUCCUACAUUUCUGUAAAAAGAUCAGCCGUUGUUGAGAUUUAGAGUGAAUCUGUUCAGUGUUCCUUUUGAAGGAGAGCUUGUUGUGAAUGAUGGUUCCUAGGUAUUUAUAGUGCUCCACUCACUCAAUAAUCUGUCUGUUAAUCUCCCCUUCAAAGAGCAUAGUUUGAAGUGCAUCCUCAUCCCUAGAUAACCAUCACGCCAAAUGGUGCAGUUUCUGUCCUCAUUUGAAUAUCAUAAAGGAAUAAAAGAAAGGUGUUGGCAUGAAAUUGCAAUAUAAAACAUGGGACCUUUACACUUUAUGACAUUAUUUGGAGUUAAUUGUGACUUAAAAUGCAUUUGACAAAUCAGUGUUGUGGAUUUAGAGCGAGGUCAUUUGAAGUCACUCAAUGAUAAGCGUAAUAAGGAAUAUCACUAUCAGAUCUAUUUGCUUAUUUUAGUUACCAUAGAUGCAGCUAUUCAGUUGGCACAAAAUUAUGUUUAGAAAACAACCGAUGUUUGAAACUGAUAACCCUUUUGAAAGUGGUUCCAUAUUGAACUUGCAGGCUCAAUUUCCUUUUCACAUUACAGGUUUUAACAUAGCCUAUAUCUGAGACAGUGCUAGAAGGGUCCUAUGGUCAGAAUUUCAUAGAAGCAAUUGAAGUCUUUCAGUGACAUAGUGCCAUAGUGAAUUAGAUUACUGAGUACAGGUCCUUGUAUGGGUUGUUGUUUUCAAUGGCCCAGGGUUCCCCUCUCUCUCUCUCUCUCUCUCUCUCUCUCUCUCUCUCUCAAUUCAAUUUUUUCAAUUUAAGGGCUUUAUUGGCAUGGGAAACGUGUGUUAACAUUGCCAAAGCAAGUGAAGUAGAUAGUAAACAAAAGUGAAAUAAACAAUAAAUAUUAACAGUAAACAUUACACUCAGAAGUUUCAAAAGAAUAAAGACAUUUCAAAUGUCAUAUUAUGUAUAUAUACAGUGUUGUAACAAUGUGCAAAUAGUUAAUGUACAAAUGGGAAAAUAAAUAAACAUAAAUAUGGGUUGUAUUUACAAUGGUGUUUGUUCUUCACUGGUUGCCCUUUUCUUGUGGCAACAGGUCACAAAUCUUGCAGCUGUGAUGGCACACUGUGGUUUUUCACCCAGUAGAUAAGGGAGUUUAUCAAAAUUGGGUUUGUUUUCUAAUUCUUUGUGGAUCGCUGUAAUCUGAGGGAAAUAUGUGUCUCUAAUAUGGUCAUACAUUUGGCAGGAGGUUAGGAAGUGCAGCUCAGUUUCCACCUCAUUUUGUGGGCAGUGUGAACAUAGCCUGUCUUCUCUUGAGAGCCAGGUCUGCCUACGGCGGCCUUUCUCAAUAGCAAGGCUAUGCUCACUGAGUCUGUACAUAGUCAAAGCUUUCCUUAAGUUUGGGUCAGUCACAGUGGUCAGGUAUUCUGCCACUGUGUACUCUCUGUUUAGGGCCAAAUAGCAUUCUAGUUUGCUCUGUUUUUUUGUUUGUUCUUUCCAAUGUGUCAAGUAAUUCUCUUUUUGUAUUCUCAUGAUUUGGUUGGGUCUAAUUGUGUUGUUGUUGUUGUUGUUGUUGUUGUCCUGGGGUUGUGUGGGGUCUGUUUGUGUUUGUGAAUAGAGCCCCAGGACAAGCUUACUUAGGGGACUCUUCUCCAAGUUCAUCUCUCUGUAGGUGAUGGCUUUGUUAUGGAAGGUUUGGGAAUCGCUUCCUUUUAAGUGGUUAUAGAAUUUAACGGCUCUUUUCUGGAUUUUGAUAAUUAGCGGGUUUUGGCCUAAUUCUGCUCUGCAUGCAUUAUUUGGUGUUUUACGUUGUACACGGAGGAUGUUUUUGCAGAAUUCUGCAUGCAGAGUCUCAAUUUGGUGUUUGUCCCAUUUUGUGAAUUCUUGGUUGGUGAGCGGACCCCAGACCUCACAACCAUAAAGGGCAAUGGGUUCUAUUACUGAUUCAAGUAUUUUUAGCCAGAUCCUAAUUGGUAUGUCAAAUGUUAUGUUCCUUUUGAUGGCAUAGCAGGCCCUUCUUGCCUUGUCUCUCAGAUCGUUCACAGCUUUGUGGAAGUUACCUGUGGCGCUGAUGUUUAGGCUGAGGUAUGUAUAGUUUUUUGUGUGCUCUAGGGCAACGGUGUCUAGAUGGAAUUUGUAUUUGUGGUCCUGGCAACUGGACCUUUUUUGGAACACCAUUAUUUUUGUCUUACUGAGAUUUACUGUCAGGGCCCAGGUCUGACAGAAUCUGUGCAGAAGAUCUAGGUGCUGCUGUAGGCCCUCCUUGGUUGGUGACAGAAGCACCAGAUCAUCAGCAAACAGAAGACAUUUGACUUCAGAUUCUAGUAGAGUGAGGCCGGGUGCUGCAGACUGUUCUAGUGCCCUCGCCAAUUCGUUGAUAUAUAUGUUGAAGAGGGUGGGGCUUAAACUGCAUCCCUGUCUCACCCCACGGCCCUGUGGAAAGAAAUGUGUGUGUUUUUUUUAACCAAUUUUAACCACACACUUGUUGUUUGUGUACAUGGAUUUUAUAAUGUCGUAUGUUUUUCCCCCAACCCCACUUUCCAUCAAUUUGUAUAGCAGACCCUCAUGCCAAAUUGAGUCAAAAGCUUUUUUUAAAUCAACAAAGCAUGAGAAGACUUUGCCUUUGUUUUGGUUUGUUUGUUUGUCAAUUAGGGUGUGCAGGGUGAAUACGUGGUCUGUCGUACGGUAAUUUGGUAAAAAGCCAAUUUGACAUUUGCUCAGUACAUUGUUUUCACUGAGGAAAUGAACUAGUCUGCUGUUAAUGAUAAUGCAGAGGAUUUUCCCAAGGUUGCUGUUGACGCAUAUCCCACGGUAGUUAUUGGGGUCAAAUUAAGAUCCUACACCUGUGUGUGUGGAAAUCAGGAAAUACACGAAAACGUUUUUGUGUGAACAAUUGUUUUUUUCAGUCACUUAUCUCUUAUCUCCAUGAGAAACAAAACAAAAAUGCAUAAUAACAAAACCCUAGAAAUGCAUGAUAACUUGUCCAAAAAUGUCCCAGUUAAAAGUGCCAGAACAUAUGGAAGUUGUCCAAUUCAUGAGGUCAUCAAAAAACAAGAAGGACCAAAGGCACUCUUCAUAUAAUUAAAAUGCCUUCAUUUUUACGGUAUUUUUAAUGUAACAAAGAUGUAAAAAAAAACCGAUGCGUUUCAGCAGCAUGGACUUCGGCAGGGAGUAGACUAACGAAGUUACGAGUUACGAAUUAUGAAUUCACAUCAAGCCAACUACUGCCACAGUUUAAUCAAUUAAAUUGGCAGACAAAUAAUUUGAUAAGAAAAUGAUGAGAGAUAAAUGUUCUCUAAACUUUGUGUCAUAAGGUAGGCCUAGCCUACCCUAUUUUGCGUGAGCAAACACUACUGUUAGGCUACUAUCCACCAAUGGGACUCAUGGAACUCACAGGCUAUAAUCACUUCAGGCCAAUUUCAACAGGCAUUCCACGCUCAGGUUUGCGUGUUCAAAAACUCAAACAAGAACUCUAUUGUGCAUCCAGAGUCUGGUUCACAGGCAUGUUCCCAUACAGUGCAGUCUCUGCUGGGCUAUAUGAAAGUAAAGGAAUAUCUGCUAUUCUGCUGACAGUAGCAGAUCUGUACUGAACAGUCCUUGAAGUCACAAAUUCAUGGAUCUGGAGUCGAAUAUUAACUAACGGGUUGAACAUGUGUUAUAAGAGAGCUGCGUUUUGCAUUACUGCGCAGGGCGCUCAGAGUCACAGACAAGAGAGGAACGGAUUUGGACACACGUCAAGACGUCCACCCACCGAUGCGACACUAGUGUGCCAAAAACACUCCAGAAAACACAGAAGAAAUGGAGAAACGAAAGGGUAUUGCAUGUCUUUUUAUUGGAUCCAUGGUCCGUGGAUAUUUGAAGGAAAGAGUUUUACACACAAACUUUGUUAUCAAUAGUUUUCCGUUUUUUGUAGUGAAUGGUGAAUGAAUGACGCGUGGAUAUGCUCUGUCUGCAACUCUCAGACUGUCGUGAUAAAGUUAUGCAUUCCAGUGCUUGACAAGAUGGAUGGAUGUAGGCAAAUUUGUAACAUGCUCGAUUUAUAGAAAUGCUGAAAUAUGUGGAAGUUGUCAUUUUGCCUUUAGUGUUUUGGUUUUCACUGCAAAACUUCUGAGGAUGUUUUCUAAUUUGCUCUAUUAUUGCACAUUAUCUCGUAAAAUAGUACCAUCAACCACUCUCUUCUCAUAGGCCAUAUAGUCUAAUAAUAAUGAGUAGUCGAUUAUUCAUUAUUAUUUUAUUAUUAAUAGUCAGUAGAGUAAUAAUGGCAAUUCCCAGAAAUGAUUGACCAAAUUGACUUUUAUUUGCCACUGAGUGAAUACUGCAAUACGGGUUAGAUUUAAUUGCAUUUGACAGAAGGCCUGUAUUUAUUAAAGAUUAUGCUUAAAGUAACUGUCCCGUGAAAAUCUCACUUUUUAAAAGUUCAUAUUCUGUUAACUCAUACUCAAAUAAUGUUGGUAUUUGUGGCCAAAGCAUAAAUUGGAGAAAAAACACUUAAAAAACCCCAUCUCAAACUUAUAUCUCAAACAGACAUUAAAAAAAUGUUUACUAUUUCCUGAGGAGGAUGAGCUGGUCAAUCAGUGGUCUACUUGCAUGAAUAUUUUUAAUGACCCGAAUACACUCACACCAAUCUGUUGUUGAAGUACGCCCACACCAUUCCAACACAGAAAAGCUGUUUUUUAUCAUACUUAAUAAAUACAAAUUGGAAGGAAAAUGAUUUCACUCAUAUUGUAAUUCAUUAUAGGUCUUAUUUCAUAGAAAUCUGAAAACACUGGACAGUUACUUUAAAUGUAGAUACAGUAUGGCAUGUCAUGUCCAUGCAUCUUGUAAAUGCAAUACCUCUAACAUUAUGUUAUUUUGUGAUUGCCUUACAGAGCACGAGUUGAAAAUUCAUGAAAAUGUAAAGACAAGCAAAUCACCGGUAAUUUUUGACAUUUCUCUACUUUCAUGUUUUAUUGCACUAUAUCCAUGAUCCUGUCUUUGGAAAGUGCCUUGAACAGGCACAAUGGAUAUGGAUUGGAUAAUUCUUGGCAAGUGGCAUCUUAGUUUUCUGGGUUAGUUUUCUGGGUUUCUUAGUUGAGCAACAUUUCAACUUUCACUUCUUGUUCUUCAGACCUUAGUAGUACUUGUCAUUUUUUUGUACCAUGAAUGGACAAUGUCAUUUUUAUUUAUUAUUAUUAUUAUUUAUUUUUUUUUACUUUUUUUUUUGUCACUUAGCAGACGCUCUUAUCAUCAUUUUAUUGUUUAACUGAUUGUAGUUAGAAUGGAUAUGGGCUACUCCAGUAAACUGUACACACAGUCUUUAUGAACUCUCUUUCUCUCUCCCUUCUCCCCUAUCUCUGUCUCUCUUUCUCUUUUCUCCUCAGAAACUAUGUGGGACCAACUACCCUGUCAGCAUCUCCUUUAUAGUGGUGAAUGAGUUCUGUGAACGCUUCUCCUACUAUGGCAUGAAAGGUAUAGUAACCUAUAAUUAAGAAUGUUUCUCCUAACUAAGAACCUAAUUAAGAAUCUAAUAAAGAAUGAUUAUCCUAAGUAAGAACCUAACUAAGAACAUUUCUAAGAACGGUUCUCCUACUAUGGCUUGAAAGAUAGGUAACCUAACUAAGACACAAACAGGCCUCAUGAGCAGGCAAGUGCUCAACAGGGCUCAAGGGCUCAACAGCGGCGGCCCGCCCAUUAGGACAUUAGGGGCAGCUCCCCUACAAUAAAUACAUAUAUUUUUAAUUAUACUGAACAAAAAUAAAAAUGCAACAUGCAAAAAUUUCAACGAUUUUACUUAGUUACAGUUACAGUUCAUAUAAGGAAAUCAGUCAAUUGAAAUAAAUAAAUUAGGCCUAAUCUAUGGAUUUCACAUGACUGGGAAUACAUAUAUGCAUCUGUUGGUCACAGAUAAUUAAAAAAUAAGGUAGGGGCGUGGAUCAGAAAACCAGUCAGUAUCUGGUGUGACCACCAUUUACCUCAUGCAGCGUGACACAUCUCCUUCGCAUAGAGUUGAUCACGCUGUUGAUUGUGGCCUGUAGAAUGUUGUCCCACGCCUCUUCAAUGGCUGUGUGAAGUUGCUGGAUAUUGGUGGGAACUGGAACACGCUAUAGUACAUGUCAACCCAGAGCAUCCCAAACAUGCUCAAUGGGUGACAUGUCUGGUGAGUAUGCAGGCCAUGGAAGAACUGGGACAUUUUCAGCUUCCAAGAAUUGUGUACACAUCCUUGCGACAUAGGGCCGUGCAUUAUCAUGCUGAAACAUGAGGUGAUGGCGGUGGAUGAAUGGCACGACAAUGGGCCUCAGGAUCUCGUCAUUCAAAUUGCCAUUGAUAAAACGUAAUUGUGUUCGUUGUCCGUAGCUUAUGCCUGCCCAUACCAUAACCCCACCACCACCAUGGGGCACUCUGUUCACAACAUUGACAUCAGCAUACCGCUCACCAACACGACGCCAUACACGUGGUCUGCGGGUUGUGAGGCAGAUUGGAUGUACUGCCAAAUUCUCUAAAACAACGUUAUGGAUUAUGUUUUAAAUCCUCAUAAAAGUGUGGUAAGUGUGUACAUUUUCAUAUUUCAAAAAUAUAUUGUUCAAAAGAAGCUGUUCAGUUACUUACUACUCUGCCCCUCAGUAACUGCCAGCAGCGGCAGCUCCGCCUCCGUGGGUGCAUAGGGCGUGCGAACAUGGAUUGUUUUGCCAGCUAUUUGCUAUGAGGGGGAACUGACCCAAUGAAAUCGCAGGAGCAUAAAUAGCAUAAAUUAUAACAGCACAAAGUAAAUGGACCAUCCUGGGGAAAUCAAAUAUGUGUCUGUUCAGUCAGAACUUCUGGGUCUGCUCUAGUCUCCCUGACAAUGAUUAUCUUGCGUCAGACGGCUUACUUCCGCAUGUCAAAUUAGGCUUAUGGUAGAGAAAUUAACAUUACAUUCUCUGGCAACAGCUCUGGUGGACAUUCCUGCAGUCAUCAUGCCAAUUUCAUGCUCCCUCAAAACUUGAGUCAUCUGUGGCAUUGUGUUGUGUGACAAAACUGCACAUUUUAGAGUGGCCUUUUAUUGUCCCCAGCACAAGGUGCACCUGUGUAAUGAUCAUGCUGUUUAAUCAGCUUCUUGAUAUUCCACACCUGUCAGGUGGAUGGAUUAUCUUGGCAAAGGAGAAAUGCUCACUAACAGGGAUGUAAACAAAUUUGUGCACAGAAUUGUAGAGAAAUAAGCUUUUUGUGCAUAUGGGAAAUUUCUGGGAUCUUUUAUUUCAGCUCAUGAAACUAACACUUUACAUACAUUUUACAUUUUCGUCAUUUAGCAGACACUCUUAUCCAGAGCAACUUACAGUUAGUGAGUGCAUACAUUAUAUUUUUCAUACUGGCCCCCCGUGGGAAUCGAACCCACAACCCUGGCGUUGCAAACGCCAUGCUCUACCAACUGAGCUACAUCCCUGCCGGCCAUUCCCUCCCCUACCCAGGACGAAUUGUGCGCCGCCCCAUGGGUCUCCCGGUCACGGCCGGCUACGACAGAGCCUGGAUUCGAACCAGGAUCUCUAGUGGCACAGCUAGCACUGCGAUGCAGUGCCUUAGACCACUGCGCCACUCAGGAGACUACAUGUUCUUUUUAUAUUUUUGUUCAGUGUAAAAACAUGUUUCCCAUGCCAUAAAGCACAUUUAAAUGGAAUAGAAUUGAGAGAGAGAAAGAGAGAGAGAAAGAGAGAGAGAGAGAGAGCGAGAGAGUGAGAGAGAGCAAGAGAGAUAGGGGAACCCUGGGCCAUUGAAAACAACAACCCAUACAAGGACCUGUACUCAGUAAUUUAAUUCACUAUGGCACUAUGUCACUGAAAUACUUUAUUUGCUCCUAAGAAAUUCGGACCAUAGAGACCCUUCUAGCACAGUCUCAGAUAUAGGCUAUGUUAAAACUGUAAUGUGAAAAGGAAAUUGAGCCUGCAAGUUCAAUAUGGAGCCACUUCCAAAAGGGUUAUCAGUUUCAAACAUCGAUACCUAAUUUUGUGCCAACUGAAUAGCUGCAUCUAUGUUAACUAAAAUAAGCAAAUAGAUCUGAUAGUGAUAUGCACCUGUGUAAUGAUCAUGCUGUUUAAUCAGCUUCUUGAUAUGCCACACCUGUCAGGUGGAUGGAUUAUCUUGGCAAAGGAGAAAUGCUCACUAACAGGGAUGUAAUUUGAGAGAAAUACGCUUUUUGUGAGUAUGAACAAUUUCUACAAUAUUUUAUUUCAGCUCAUGAAACAUGGGACCAACACUUUACAUGUUGCGCUUAUAUUUUUGAUCAGUGUAAAUAAAAUAUAUAUAAAUCAUGGAUUAUGUUUUAAAUCCUCAUAAAAGUGUGGUAAGUGUGUACAUUUUCAUAUUUCAAAAAUGUAUUGUUCAAAAGAAGCUGUUUACUUACUUACUACUCUGCCCCUCAGUAACUGCCAGCAGCGGCAGCUCCGCCUCCGUGUGUGCAUAGGCCGUGUGAACAUGGAUUGUUUUGCCAGCUAUUUGCUAUGAGGGGGAACUGACACAAUGAAAUCGCAGGAGCAUAAAUAGCAUAAAUUAUAACAGUACAAAGUAAAUGGACUAUCCUGGGCAGUGUUGCCAACUUAGCGACUUUGUCGCUAUAUUUAGCGAGUAUUCAGAUCCCUCUAGCGACACAUUUUCAAAAAAGCGACUAGCGACAAAUCUAGCAACUUUUUCUGGUGUUAUUGGAGACUCUGACGUGAAAGCACGUAUCGUUCUUACUCUUCUCAACGAGCAGCAGGUGCUGCCAUGGGGGCCCCACCCCCGUCCAAAAGCACUCACAGGCGGCCCAGUCCUCGCGCAGCUUUUUACUCACUUUUUGUCUAUCCCACGACGUUAUUCCUCUCUCCUACAGUGUUCAUCACAUUACAUGCAAAUGGCCAAUUAUGCAAAUUAGGUGAUGAUGUCAUUUAGCGACUUCUAGCUACUUUUAGGACAGCCAAUGGCUACUUUCCUUACUGAGGAGUUGGCAACACUGAUCCUGGAGCGAUCAAAUGUGUGUCUGUUCAGUCAGAACUUCUGGGUCUGCUCUAGUCUCCCUAACAAUGAUUAUCUCGCGUCAGACGGCUUACUUCCGCAUGUGAGACUAGAUCUGCUCUAUCAGGUACAGAUGGCACUAAAGCAAAAAGCUAAUUGUAAUUAACAUGUCAAUAAAUAAUCAUAACAGUCAUGGGAGCCUGGGACCUGAUAAACCGGACAACUACAUCCAACAAUAGUCGAAGGACAGAGGGAUACACUAGCUAGAACCUUCUCAUAGCGGAUCUAGUAACAUAAAAAAGCAUGGCCAAUUUUAUUGUUUUUCCACCAUGUUGUUCAUCAGGUUCUACUGUAAGUGACAGGGCAACAUUUUGUGUGGACUAAAACAGCAUAAAACUGUGUGUAUCACAAAGCAUGAUCAAAUGAAUUAGCCAGCUACAGUAAUUUUGAGAUACAUUGAGAAAUAGUUUGGUAGAUUCUUUGAUAAAAUUAACCAGUUAUCUACCUUUGAUAAGCAGCUAGCUAGCUAUAGCUGCUAGUAGCUUGCUAGCUAGUUAGCUCCCAUGCCAAUUUCAAGGCUUUCUAAACUAAUAUCUGACUAACUUGGAAAUAUGAAGUUAUUUCAGAAUGAAAGUUAACUGGCUAGCGCAUCAUGCUUUGUGACAUUAUGUUAGCUAGAUAUCCCCAGUUAGAUAAUGUGUUGUCACUUAUUGCAUUUGUACGCUUGUUGUGUUCUCCCUGGUGCACUCGUUCGUUCGUAACGUGAGCUGGCUGCUCGUUCUAAAUAGUAUAAUCUAAUCUGUUCAAAACAGUGGCAGCAUGUGCAGCAGCGGUCAUUCGGUUGAAAUAGGUGUAUUUAUGCUGUUGUUCAAAUGCACAGAUCACUUUAUAUAUUCUCAAAAGAAACUACCGGUAGUUUGAAAACUUGGCAUCAUAUUUCUGUCGUGCUGCCACUGGGGCUCAACCAGUGCCCGAGCACCUGCCCUUUUGCCCUCCUAUGAAAGUGCCCUCGCAGCUCCAUGGAUUUUUUAAAUGUUAUUACUUACUUUUACAUUUUAUUUUGAGUCUCUUUUCACUUGUAUUUUAAAUGUAACGAAUUGCACAUCAAACUAGAUACUUUCAUAAGCUCUUGAAUCUCAGAAAAUCCCCCCUCCCCCGCCCCAAAAGCACACUCAUUUGACUUGCAUGCAGUGGCCACUGGCUGUGGGUGCCGGGCGGGGAAACAUUUUGAGUUGGAUCUGACAUCUGUGUCCUUUGUUAUUUUGAGCACUUGCCCCCCCCCCAAAAAAAAAGUUAUGUGCACAGCCCUGGUCAUGAGAAGCAGCAAAUGCCCAUGUCAAAUACAAUAUGUCAAUGAGGCCAUUUAGACAAAGGGACCACACCAUGUAUCCAUUAUGGCCUCAGACCUGACCUUCAUCUCACAUGAUCUAGACCCCUGUCUGUCUGACUGACCUACAUCCUCUCCUGUGAAACACACUUAAAGAAAAAAUUGAUAUAAUGCAUCCCAAAUGGCACCCUAUUCCCUAUGUAGUGUACUAAUAAGUAGUGCACUAUAUAGGGAAAAGGGUGCCACCUGUUGAAUGUCAAUGUUAAGUGGAUGGCCGUAUAAAACAUAUCUUCAUGAGAGGGCCAGGAACAGUAGCUAGUAAUGCCUUACACCAUUAGAAAGCUCCGAAUUUUAGCUAUUUUUUGUAUUUAUUAUUUAUCUAUGAUUUGUAUGCAUUUUUUGAACUAAUAUGUAUGAAAAAUAGGACGUCAUAGAUUUCAUUUUCAAAUGUCAUAUGCUAUGAACAUUUACAAUUGACAUGCUAUAAGAUUUUAGCUAGUGGUCAGGGAAAAUCAGACUCAUUUCCUGGUGGACUGCUCUCAUUCAUUGUAGUCUCUCUCCCCCUGUGAACGUACCACAGAGUUGGCCAGCAACUCUACUGAUUCAUCACGAUCUCAGCUUUCAUCUAUUAUAAAGUUUGUCCUCCCUCUGUGAUGAACAAAGUGGUUUUGUUUCACAUCUUCAAACUGUUAAAUUCUUUGUAUUACAUUCUAUAUAAAUCGAUGUGUGUUUGUCAUAGAACGAUGGAACUACUUCCUAUCGCUGCAGUAGACUCUUAGUUUUGCAGCGAUAUGCAGCUUACAGUUGAAAUCGGAAGUUUACAUGCACUUAGGUUGGAGUCAUUAAAACUCGUUUUUCAACCACUCCACACAUUUCUUGUUAACAAACUAUAGUUUUGGCAAGUCGGUUAGGACAUCUACUUUGUGCAUGACACAAGUAAUUUUUCCAACAAUUGUUUACAGACAGAUUAUUUCACUUAUAAUUCACUGUAUCACAAUUCCAGUGGGUCAGAAGUUUACAUACACUAAGUUGACUGUGCCUUUAAACAGCUUGGAAAAUUCCAGAAAAUGAUGUCAUGGCUUUAGAAGCUUCUGAUAGGCUAAUUGACAUCAUUUGACUCAAUUGGAGUUGUACCUGUGGAUGUAUUUCAAGGCCUACCUUCAAACCCAGUGUCUCUUUGCUUGACAUCAUUGGAAAAUCAAAAGAAAUCAGCCAAGACCUCAUAAAAAAAAUGGUAGACCUCCACAAGUCUGGUUCAUCCUUAGGAGCAAUUUCCAAAUGCCUGAAGGUAUCACGUUCAUCUGUACAAACAAUAGUACGCAAGUAUAAACACCAUGGGACCACGCAGCCGUCAUACCGCUCAGGAAGGAGACGCGUUCUGUCUCCUAGAGAUGAACGUACUUUGGUGCGAAAAGUGCAAAUCAAUCCCAGAACAACAGCAAAGGACCUUGUGAAGAUGCUGGAGGAAACAGGUACAAAAGUAUCUAUAUCCACAGUAAAACGAGUCCUAUAUCGACAUAACCUGAAAGGCCGCUCAGCAAGGAAGAAGCCACUGCUCCAAAACCGCCAUAAAAAAGCCAGACUACGGUUUGCAACUGCACAUUGGGACAAAGAUCGUACUUUUUGGAGAAAUGUCCUCUGGUCUGAUGAAACAUCGUUAUGUUUGGAGGAAAAAGGGGGCUGCUUGCAAGCCGAAGAACACCAUCCCAACCGUGAAGCACGGGGGUGGCAGCAUCAUGCUGUGGGGGUGCUUUGCUGCAGGAGGGACUGGUGCACUUCACAAAAUAGAUGGCAUCAUGAGGAAGGGAAAUUAUGUGGAUAUAUUGAAGAAACAUCUCAAGACAUCAGUCAGGAAGUUAAAGCUUGGUCGCAAAUGGGUCUUCCAAAUGGACAAUGACCCCAAGCAUACUUCCAAAGUUGUGGCAAAAUGGCUUAAGGACAACAAAGUCAAGGUAUUAGAGUGGCCAUCACAAAGCCCUGACCUCAGUCCUAUAGAAAAUGUGUGGGCAGAACUGAAAAGGUGUGUGCGAGCAAGGAGGCCUACAAACCUGACUCAGUUACACCAGCUCUGUCAGGAGGAAUGGGCUAAAAUUCACCCAACUUAUUGUGGGAAUCUUGUGGAAGGCUACCCGAAACGUUUGACCCAAGUUAAACAAUUUAAAGGCAAUGCUACCCAAUACUAAUUGAGUGUAUGUAAACUUCUGACCCACUAGGAAUGUGAUGAAAGAAAUAAAAGCUGAAAUAAAUCAUUCUCUCUACUAUUAUUCUGACAUUUCACAUUCUUAAAAUAAAGUGGUGAUCCUAACUGACCUAAAACAGGGAAUUGUUACUGGGAUUAAAUGUCAGGAAUUGUGAAAAACUGAGUUUAAAUGUAUUUGGCUAAGGUGUAUGUAAACCUCCGACUUCAACUGUAUGUGCCUGUGAUGUACCGUUCCGUCCAAUCAGCAAAUUAGCGUUAAGGUGGGACUCCAUAUGUGACCCGAACCCCCAGAGUAAUAUGAGGCUAAAUGAAUUGAAGCGGUCAAAUAUGUUGUUGGUGAAAUCCCACUGUAACAGAAGUUGAUUUAUAAGCCAAUUACCUUGAUAUACCUUGAUAAAACAAUUACAUUAUAACGAAAGUACCCUAAAUAGGGACAAAAUGUUUAAGAGGUUUUAAGUGUGUUUCCUUGUUUUCAGUAGUAAAGAGUUUACGUAAUCUCAUCCUUAUUUUCAGUAGUAAAGAGUUUAUGUAAUCUCACAUAAAAAAGACAGUGUAGUAGUCAGUGAGAUAGUGGGUCUCAAUAUUGUAUUUUGUCAAUUGUACUGUACACUAAUUGUAAAUAUAUACAUAUUAUAUCAAGCAAUACUGAAAAAAUAAGACAUUGUAGCCACAUUUUGAUAUUGCAAAAAUCUGAUCCCUAACCUGAUGCUUACUGUGUUUAUGUGUAGCGGUGCUGACACUGUACUUCAUUAACUACCUGCAUUGGGACCAGAACCUAUCCACAGCAGUGUACCAUGCCUUCUCCAGCCUCUGCUACUUCACCCCUGUGCUGGGGGCCCUCAUCGCUGACUCCUGGCUGGGCAAGUUCAAGUGAGUUAGAUGGAGAAGCCACUUUCAUAACUUAAAGGGAAAUACAGUGGGGGAAAAAAGUAUUUAGUCAGCCACCAAUUGUGCAAGUUCUCCCACUUAAAAAGAUUAGAGAGGCCUGUAAUUUCAUCAUAGGUACACGUCAACUAUGAUAGACAAAUUGGAGAAAAAAAAUCCAGAAAAUCACAUUGUAGGAUUUUUAAUGAAUUUAUUUGCAAAUUAUGGUGGAAAAUAAGUAUUUGGUCACCUACAAACAAGCAAGAUUUCUGGCUCUCACAGACCUGUAACUUCUUCUUUAAGAGGCUCCUCUGUCCUCCACUCGUUACCUGUAUUAAUGGCACCUGUUUGAACUUGUUAUCAGUAUAAAAGACACCUGUCCACAACCUCAAACAGUCACACUCCAAACUCCACUAUGGCCAAGACCAAAGAGCUGUCAAAGGACACCAGAAACAAAAUUGUAGACCUGCACCAGGCUGGGAAGACUGAAUCUGCAAUAGGUAAGCAGCUUGGUUUGAAGAAAUCAACUGUGGGAGCAAUUAUUAGGAAAUGGAAGACAUACAAGACCACUGAUAAUCUCCCUCGAUCUGGGGCUCCACGCAAGAUCUCACCCCGUGGGGUCAAAAUGAUCACAAGAACGGUGAGCAAAAAUCCCAGAACCACACGGGGGGACCUAGUGAAUGACCUGCAGAGAGCUGGGACCAAAGUAACAAAGCCUACCAUCAGUAACACACUACGCCGCCAGGGACUCAAAUCCUGCAGUGCAAGACGUGUCCCCCUGCUUAAGCCAGUACAUGUCCAGGCCUGUCUGAAGUUUGCUAGAGUGCAUUUGGAUGAUCCAGAAGAGGAUUGGGAGAAUGUCAUAAGGUCAGAUGAAACCAAAAUAUAACUUUUUGGUAAAAACUCAACUCGUCGUGUUUGGAGGACAAAGAAUGUUGAGUUGCAUCCAAAGAACACCAUACCUACUGUGAAGCAUGGGGGUGGAAACAUCAUGCUUUGGGGCUGUUUUUCUGCAAAGAGACCAGGACGACUGAUCCGUGUAAAGGAAAGAAUGAAUGGGGCCAUGUAUCGUGAGAUUUUGAGUGAAAACCUCCUUCCAUCAGCAAGGGCAUUGAAGAUGAAAUGGGGCGGCAGGUAGCUUAGUGGGUAAGAGCGUUGUGCCAGUAACCGAAAGGUCGCUGGUUCUAAUCCCUGAGCCGACUAGGUGAAAAAUCUGUCGAUGUGUCCUUAAGCAAGGCACUUAACCCUAAUUGCUCAUGUAAGUCGCUCUGGAUAAGAGCGUCUGCUAAAUGACUUAAAUGUAAAAUGUAAAUGUAAUGAAACGUGGCUGGGUCUUUCAGCAUGACAAUGAUCCCAAACACACCGCCCGGGCAACGAAGGAGUGGCUGCAUCACAGUGCUAGCUGUGCCACUAGAGAUCCUGGUUCGAAUCCAGGCUCUGUUGUAGCCGGCCGCGACCGGGAGACCCAUGGGGCGGCGCAUAAUUGGCCCUGCGUCGUCCAGGGUAGGGGAGGGAAUGGCUGGCAGGGAUGUAGCUCAGUUGGUAGGGCAUGGCGUUUGCAACGCCAGGGUUGUGGGUUCAAUUCCUAAGGGGAGCCAGUAUCAAAAAUAAUGUAUGCACUAACUGUAAGUCGCUCUGGAUAAGAGCGUCUGCUAAAAAUGUGUUCUUUGGAUGCAACUCAGCAUUCUUUGUCCUCCAAACACGACGAGUUGAGUUUUUACCAAAAAGUUAUAUUUUGGUUUCAUCUGACCUUAUGACAUUCUCCCAAUCCUCUUCUGGAUCAUCCAAAUGCACUCUAGCAAACUUCAGACAGGCCUGGACAUGUACUGGCUUAAGCAGGGGGACACGUCUGGCACUGCAGGAUUUGAGUCCCUGGCGGCGUAGUGUGUUACUGAUGGUAGGCUUUGUUACUUUGGUCCCAGCUCUCUGCAGGUCAUUCACUAGGUCCCCCCGUGUGGUUCUGGGAUUUUUGCUCACCGUUCUUGUGAUCAUUUUGACCCCACGGGGUGAGAUCUUGCGUGGAGCCCCAGAUCGAGGGAGAUUAUCAGUGGUCUUGUAUGUCUUCCAUUUCCUAAUAAUUGCUCCCACAGUUGAUUUCUUCAAACCAAGCUGCUUACCUAUUGCAGAUUCAGUCUUCCCAGCCUGGUGCAGGUCUACAAUUUUGUUUCUGGUGUCCUUUGACAGCUCUUUGGUCUUGGCCAUAGUGGAGUUUAGAGUGUGACUGUUUGAGGUUGUGGACAGGUGUCUUUUAUACUGAUAACAAGUUCAAACAGGUGCCAUUAAUACAGGUAACGAGUGGAGGACAGAGGAGCCUCUUAAAGAAGAAGUUACAGGUCUGUGAGAGCCAGAAAUCUUGCUUGUUUGUAGGUGACCAAAUACUUAUUUUCCACCAUAAUUUGCAAAUAAAUUCAUUAAAAAUCCUACAAUGUGAUUUUCUGGAUUUUUUUUCCUCAAUUUGCCUGUCAUAGUUGACGUGUACCUAUGAUGAAAAUUACAGGCCUCUCUCAUCUUUUUAAGUGGGAGAACUUGCACAAUUGGUGGCUGACUAAAUACUUUUUUUCCCCACUGUGUACUCUGUUUGAUCUAUUGUGGUUCCAAGUAUUCUAUUCUAUUCUAAGAUAAUUAUGAAAGUAACGACUGUGUGUCAUGUCAUCCACAGGACCAUUGUCUACCUCUCUGUUGUCUAUGUACUCGGUCACGUCAUCAAGUCUGUUGGGGCCAUACCGAGUGUGGGGGACUCAACUAUACACAUGUGAGUAGUGGAUCACUGAUCGGUUAAGAGCUAGAAAUGUUGCCCUGUAAAUGUGUAGACCAAUCUGACACCUAAUGCUGUGCUCUGUAUGUGUGCGUGUUCUAGAGUACUGUCUAUGGUGGGUCUGAUCCUCAUAGCCUUUGGUACGGGAGGUAUCAAACCCUGUGUAUCAGCGUUCGGAGGUGACCAGUUUGAUGAAGAGCAUGUAAGAGACUAUUAUAUACAACUUUUAUUCAAGGGUUGGAACUUUUCAGGGAACAGAACCAAAAAACAGAAAAUAACUAAAUUAUUUGAGGAACAGACCCCGACCGGAAACGAAAGUUACCUAUACUGUUCCGGAACAGAAACAUUAUUUUAAAAGCAUGGGAACCGGUUAAUACAUUUCUUUAAUGUUCCGGGCAUUUCUUUCCAGUCCCACCAAAAUUGCAACAAAGCGCCUAUGCAUAGCCCUCACUCUGUCACUAAGAAACUUAUUCCAGUGUCUUCCUGCCAGCUGGAAAUCUUUGCCAGUGGGUUAGCGUUUAUGUGUAGGCUGCCCCUCCCCUCUGAAGCAGGUUACUGUGUAGCUUACUGACAACAUUACAAGCAUGAUUCAGAAAUUAGGAAGAGAUGUUUAAAAUAAUCAAUUAGCUUUUUCAAUGCUAGUUAAGGAUACUAUAGUUAUCACGUUUCACACUGGAUUUAUUAACUACACAAAGGUAAGACGUGUUUUUAAAUGUAUUGCUGCUCUGCACACACAAGCUUGUUAGCUAGCUAGCUAGCUAGCUAGCUAAUGUUUGCUCUGGUCCAAUGUUAAACCAACUCUGAAGAUCAAAGACAUUCAAAGUUCCUCCAUAGAAGCCUCUCACAAAAUGUCAGUUGCAUCUCGCGCCCUACACUGUGACUGGCAACACAGUGUGUGUUUUUCAUUCAUUAUGAUUAAACGAUGCUGUUACGGCAAAAUACAAUUUGCUCUUAACGACUUUCCUAUACAGAUUGAAUCGCUUACCCGCUCCAUAGCAAGCUGCUCUAUCCGCACUGAUUGGUGAAGUCAUUUAAUGUCAAGCUAAAUGUAAAAAAACAUUUGAUUGCAGAGGUUUAAAAAGGAACAGAAAGGAACAAUAUAAACAAGUACUUUUUUGGGGUUCGAACCAGUUCAGAACUUUAUUUUGCUGGGCAGUGGAACGGAACGAAAAAAAUAAUGGUUCUGUUCAGAACAAACAAUUGGAAAAUAUUUUUGGUUCCAACCCCUGCUUUUAUAUUGUUAAUGCAAUAUGUGAGGGAAGGAUCAAUCUAACAUCUGUGAUUACUAAAAUAUGUUUUGUUGAAGGCCUAUUGAAGUAGAAAUAUGAUAGAAAUUCAGCCAUGAAUGGAAGAAAACAACUUUACUGACCUGCAAAAGUACUCAUCUAAAUUGAUUUUCUGAUAUUAAACAGUGUUCACCAUCAUUGGUUUUCUCCCUUCUCACCUCAGACAAAUGAAAGGAGGAAAUUCUUCUCAAUUUUCUACAUGUCCAUCAAUGCUGGGAGUGUCUUAUCGACACUCAUCACACCUGUAUUGCGAGGUUCGUGUCAACAUGAACCUUAAUCCUAACCUUAAUAGUGAGGGCUCAGACCUCUGAAAUUGCUUAUGUCUGCUGCAUAGACAGUACAGCUUAACUGUACUGUAUAUGUGUUCUUGCACUUGCAGGAGAUGUGCAGUGUUUUGGUGGUGACUGCUACGCUCUUGCCUUCGGAGUACCAGCGAUUUUGAUGGUCAUUGCUCUAAGUGAGUGUCCUCUCUUCUUCACACCUCUUCUUAUGAAGUCUGGAUUUCUACUGCAUACUUGGACUAGAAUAUACCCAGUGGGUAAACCUGGUAGAAACGAUUUGAUUACUUUACCAGAUUACAACCUUGCCUGCUGGGUACAGUAUGUAUUGAAUGCAUUCAGCACAGACCUGGUUGUGCAGCAGACGUGUAUACAUGAGCUACUUUUCACAUAGCCAAGCUACCAUUAUGGGUCACAGCGGGGGGCUGUGGCCCCCGAGUCGGAAAACAGGGUUUGUUUUGAUAGCACAUGCUUUAGCCAGGCAGAGGCAGUGAACCCUAAAGAGGAAUGGGAUUCUGAGGCAGUCAGCAGAAAGACCCUAAUGGCAGGAACACCGAUGUGUGUGUAGGGCCUGGUAAACAUGGAGCCUCGCCAGUCAAAACAACACAGAACUGUGUUAGACACACACAAACACGCACGCACGCAUGCACACAAACACGCACGCACGCAUGCACACACACACACACACACACACACAGAUGGCUGGUAUUGGCUACUUGCUGGUCUUGUCCAUAAUAACAUAUGCUUGAUUUAGCGGUAGGUGGGUUACAGUAACAAUACAAACAGGACAGAAAUGUUGCUGACAUAUGAAAAUACAGUCUGUAGGUCUUUUGGCUCAUUUGUUUUAGCUCCAGGGCUAAACAAAUGUCACACACCCAGAUAGCACACAUCCUCAACACUCUUCAGUGUUUAGUCAAGAAGUUUACUAUAACAGGGAGUAAGGGUCUUGUUUACCUCUAACCCUUCAGGGAUGACCAUGGGUGGAAAAAGCCACUCUAGGAACUCCUAGAAUUCACAUUUUUACAUGUCAAAAGGACUUCACUUAGGGAACUCAUUGGGAACUCCCACACAUCCGUCUCCCCUCAGUUCCCCCUUGGUCUGACAGAAAGACAACAGUGAUGAUAAUUUGUUUGCAGUUAGGGAGUGCUCUUGGGAGGAGACCAACACUCAUAAAACUGUAUUGCCAUAGUACAUUUACAAUUCGUUUUUUAAUAACCAAUGUAAAAUAGCACAACUUCUACUCAACUUCUACUCAAACUCCACUCUUUAUAUGUCUAUGUCUUUGUAGUUGUGUUCAUCUCUGGAAGUGGGAUGUAUAAGAAGAGUCCACCGGAAGGGAACGUCUUGCUGGAUGUGUGUAAGUGCAUGGGGGUAAGUCAUCCAUCUCUCACUCUCUCAUCAGUCACGUACUUCCAUAGAAAGAUGUCUCUCGUGGCAGACCGUUAACAUUGCUGGCAGCACACUCAUGAUUUGGUUCUGGGUUCUGAGAUUACAGAAAGAUAAACCACUGAGAAACUCUGUCCCUGGGCUUACUACUGUACCAUGACUGCUCCUGUUCCCUCCAUCCUACAGUUGGCCAUCAAGAACCGCUGGAAGAGCUCUAAGUAUGACCCUAAGAAGAAACACUGGCUGGACUGGGCAGAGGAGAAGUAUCCGGUAUGAUUAUCAAGAAUGAAAUAACUUUUGUGACGACUAGAAUGACUUCAUGGAGCUUUUAACUGCCCCAAUUAACAAUGUUUCAGAUUAAGAUACGAUAAGAUAAUAUAAAGAUAAGAAAACGUUUUCAUAAAAUUGCAUUUUGUCUUUGGUGAUCUGGUUUAUAGGUAAAAGUCUACAGGAAAAGGUAUAUGUGUAUGUAUGAAGAAGUCUCUCCUGAUAGUGACCCAUAAUGUAUGGUUUCCUAUGUGUUUCUCUACAGAGACGUCUGAUCCAUGAAAUUAAAAUGGUCCUAAGGGUUCUGGUGCUCUACAUCCCUCUGCCCAUGUUCUGGGCUCUGUUUGACCAGCAGGUAAGGACCCAACGCUUACCCUUACCCUAACCAUCCUCACGAGAACAGUAACCACCACCCUAGCUGUUAAAAAGCCCCGGCCUAAGCAAUACCUUUCAUGGUUCCGAAACCCUGGAUACAGUCCAAUACAGUGGAUAUGGACUGAGUAAAGACAAAACUGAUUGAAAUGACGUAAUUUCAACCAGCUCUGCCCUCUGGGACCCCAAGUUCUGUUUGCCUCACUGCUUGAUCUUAAGGCACUCUUCUGGCAUCUGUGCUCUCCUCUCCUCUGGCCAACAAUAAACAACGCCACACUACAAUCUGAUUAAGGAAAAAUGCAAACCUGAUUAGGGAAAAAUGCAAACCCCAAACCCACAUCUAUCCAACAUUCCCUAACCCAGACUUCCUGGGCACAUUCCUCUUAUAAAACACAGUGAUUCAAACUAACAAGUAGAACCAAAACCUCCAUCUUGGUUUUAAAUGAAGGGAAUUUAUGUUGUUUAUUGGCAAGAACAUUUUGUUUGGCUUUCCAUUAGGCAUGUUAGAAGCCAAGGACAUGUUGGAUUAAAGAGGUCUGAUUAUGCCAUUGAAGUGAAUGGUGACGGCGAACCAGCUAUCCAGUGCCACAGAAUGCUAUGAAUGUGGCAGUGAUAACAUGAUAACAUUCAGCCAUCUUUGUUUUGUGAUGCUGUAGGGAUCCCGCUGGACUCUCCAGGCCACCCGGAUGAACAUGGCCUUCGUAAGUUCCUUUUUCUUUCUUUCAAUGUACAGUACAUAACAACAGUGGUAUGAGUAUCGUAGUGAAUGGCCUUCCUAAGUUUAUUUCCUUGUGUAGCAAUGUGCUUUACAACUGUGGUAAAAGCUGAUUGUACAAUAUUUAUGAUUUCAUAGUAUUCUGAAUUGUUUUAUUAUCGUUGACUGUAAUCUGAAAUUGAGAUAUUGUUGUAAAGUCUGUCUCCCUUUUACAGGGAUCAACAUUUGUCCUAAAGCCUGAUCAAAUGCAGGUACCUGCAGUUCCUUACUCUCUUCCCACUCUCUGCGGGGUCGACAGAAAGCGGAUGAUUCCAGUUUUCAGGGAUACAGUAUUUUCAAGCUAACUUCCGUUUCCCCUGAUAAACGGAUAUGGGGACUCCGCUCAAGUGUCUUUUUACGCCUGCUACGUUAUGUUGCUCACUUCGUAACAGUACAUAAUACAUUACUAAUGCUUAUAAUCUUUAUACUAGAACUGUAACCAUAGGUUAUCUCUCUUAUGGCCUUGACUAAGAUCACACUUGUUCUCUCCUGAACCCAAACCCUUUUAUAAUGGACAUUACCACCAUAAUGUAUUUUAUAAGUAUGCUGCAUCAACCUUUAUGAUUUUAUGAUAUUUUGGGGGAUUUUUUAUUGUCAUUUAUAGGCAUGUGCCAUGUGUUUUGUUCUUUCUUGUUCUUUCAGAUGUUAAACGCGCUGCUAAUCCUUGUGUUUGUGCCUAUCUUUGAUGUGGUUGUGUACCCACUCAUAGGCCUGUGCAAGAUCAAUCUCACGUGAGUGGACCUUGUGUAUCUGAACACUAGCUGUGACAUCCUUGCUUCCUCUGUCCUUGUUUCCUCAAUUCCUUGCCUUUCCUAUCAAAGCUCAUUGGAGGAGGGACCUUGGAUCCUCUUCUCCAAUGCAUUUCAAGGAUAAUUGGGGAAACAAGGAUGGAGGAAGCAAGGCUACGUUUUCAGACACACCCCGUCUCUAAACGAGCAGGAGCUUUAGCUGACGGUGGACACUACAGUGUUCCACAGUCAUCUUUUAUGAGGAAACUAAGGGAGUAAGGAAUGGUGCAAGAACAAGCAUCAUGUGGCUUACACAGCUACCUGUUGGUCAUAAAGAAAACAUUUGUAGCUGCUCUACCAAACCUAGUGAUCUUAUCAUGUCAUAGCCCCAUAUACAGUGGGGAGAACAAGUAUUUGAUACACUGCCGAUUUUGCAGGUUGUCCUACAUAAAAAGCAUGUAGAGGUCUGUAAUUUUUAUCAUAGGUACACUUCAACUGUGAGAGACGGAAUCUAAAACAAAAAUCCAGAAAAUCACAUUGUAUGAUUUUUAAGUAAUUAAUUUGCAUUUUAUUGCAUGACAUAAGUAUUUGAUCACCUACCAACCAGUAAGAAUUCCAGCUCUCACAGACCUGUUAGUUUUUCUUUAAGAAGCCCUCCUGUUCUCCACUCAUUACCUGUAUUAACUGCACCUGUUUGAACUCGUUACCUGUAUAAAAGACACCUGUCCACACACUCAAUCAAACAGACUCCAACCUCUCCACAAUGGCCAAGACCAGAGAGCUGUGUAAGGACAUCAGGGAUAAAAUUGUAGACCUGCACAAGGCUGGGAUGGGCUACAGGACAAUAGGCAAGCAGCUUGGUGAGAAGGCAACAACUGUUGGCGCAAUUAUUAGAAAAUUGAAGAAGUUCAAGAUGACGGUCAAUCACCCUCGGUCUGGGGCUCCAUGCAAGAUCUCACCUCGUGGGGCAUCAAUGAUCAUGAGGAAGGUGCGGGAUCAGCCCAGAACUACACGGCAGGACCUGGUCAAUGACCCGAAGAGAGCUGGGACCACAGUCUCAAAGAAAACCAUUAGUAACACACUACGCCGUCAUGGAUUAAAAUCCUGCAGCGCAUGCAAGGUCCCCCUGCUCAAGCCAGCGCAUGUCCAGGCCCGUCUGAAGUUUGCCAAUGACCAUCUGGAUGAUCCAGAGGAGGAAUGGGAGAAGGUCAUGUGGUCUGAUGAGACAAAAAUAGAGCUUUUUGGUCUAAACUCCACUCGCCUUGUUUGGAGGAAGAAGAAGGAUGAGUACAACCCCAAGAACACCAUCCCAACCGUGAAGCAUGGAGGUGGAAACAUCAUUCUUUGGGGAUGCUUUUCUGCAAAGGGGACAGGACGACUGCACCGUAUUGAGGGGAGGAUGGAUGGGGCCAUGUAUCGCGAGAUCUUGGCCAACAACCUCCUUCCCUCAGUAAGAGCAUUGAAGAUGGGUCGUGGCUGGGUCUUCCAGCAUGACAACGACCCGAAACACACAGCCAGGGCAGUCCGUAUUGCCCAGCGACAGCCCCGAAACCUGAAGGAUCUGGAGAAGGUCUGUACGGAGGAGUGGGCCAAAAUCCCUGCUGCAGUGUGUGCAAACCUGGUCAAGACCUACAGGAAAUGUAUAAUCUCUGUAAUUGCAAACAAAGGUUUCUGUACCAAAUAUUAAGUUCUGCUUUUCUGAUGUAUCAAAUACUUAUGUCAUGCAAUAAAAUGCAAAUUAAUUACUUAAAAAUCAUACAAUGUGAUUUUCUGGAUUUUUGUUUUAGAUUCCGUCUCUCACAGUUGAAGUGUACAUAUGAUAAAAAUUACAGACCUCUACAUGCUUUGUAAGUAGGAAAACCUGCAAAAUCGGCAGUGUAUCAAAUACUUGUUCUCCCCACUGUACUACCCACCAUUGUGACCUGUACGCUCUUGUUGGCUGUCCCUCACUACAUAUUCGUCGCCAAACCCACUGGCUCCAGGUAAUCUAUAAAUCACUGCUAGGCAAAUCCCCGCCUUAUCUUAGCUCACUGGUCACCAUAGCAACACCCACCCGUAGUCUGCGCUCCAGCAGGUAUAUCUCACUGGUCAUCCCCAAAGCCAACACCUCCUUUGGCCGCCAUUCCUUCCAGUUCUCUGCUGCCAAUGACUGGAACGAACUGCAAACAUCUCUGAAGCUGGAGACUCUUAUCUCCCUCACUAACUUUAAGCAUCAGUUGUCAGAGCAGCUUACCGAUCACUUCACAUGUACACAGCCAUUCUGAAAUUAGCCCACCCAACUACCUCAUCCCCAUAUUGUUAUUUAUUUUGCUAAUUUGCACCCCAGUAUCUCUAUUUGCACAUCAUCUUUUGCACUUCUAUCAUUCCAGUGUUAAUACGAAAUUGUAACUAUUUUGCACUAUGGCCUAUUUAUUGCCUUACCUCCAUAAUUUACUACAUUUGCACACACUGUAUAUAUAUUUACUGUUGUAUUUUUGACUUUAUGUUUUGGUUACCCCAUAUGUAACUCUGUGUUGUUGUUUUAAUCACACUGCUUUGCUUUAUCUUGGCCAGGUCACAGUUGUAAAUGAGAACUUGUUCUCAACUGGCUUACCUGGUUAAAUAAAGGUUAAAUAAAAUAAAUAAAUAAAAAUAGAGAUGGGUGAAAGAUACGUGGAAACAAUGUGCAAACGUCUCCCCCUACAGAGCUAUAAAACAACUGACCAAAUGAAUAAUUUCUGAGAACAGAAAUUGUUGUUACUGUGUAGUAGCAACUGUGUACUACUGGUUAGUACUGUGUAGUAGUGUGUAGUAACAACUGUGAUAGGGACAAUGUUGACCAAUGUGGGUUGACCGUCAAGCAGUCUGUUAAAGAUGCACUCUCAAACAUUUGUAUAAAUUCAGCCAGUAGUUUUGAAAGUGGUGCUCACAAGCCAAAAGUGGUCCCCGUUUUUGUGUACUACAUCAUCAAAUUGUAUAAUACGUCAUCCAUUUCGUAUGAUAUGUUACAUCAUGCAAAAAAAAUAAGACGAUUUUUUUGUAUUCCGUAUGAUAUGUUACGAAUCCAAUUCGUACUAUAUGUUACGAAUUUGUUGUUCUUAAGUUCCUGGAGUGCAUCUUUAAGAGUCUAUAAGAGUGUAAUGUAAGGUAUCUAAGGGUAGUGUGGGGUCAUAUUGUUUGAUUGUCAGAUUCUUCUAUCUCUUCUCAGGCCGCUGAAGAAGAUGGCCGUGGGUAUGAUCUUUGCAGCGCUGGCUUUCGGUUCUGCCACCUUGGUGGAGGUCAAUGUCACGGUAAGACUAAGCAUCUCUGGCUCAAUUUCACUUCAGAUUUUGUUUGUAUAACUUGCCAAAGGCCAGAAAUGUCAGAACAAGCACUAAUCGUGUUUUUGUAAGAUUAUCAUCAUUCUUAAUAACUUCUGGAACGACCGCUUUAUAACCAAAGUGACAGACUCAUGGCAUUCUACCCUACCUAUAGCAGCUGUAGCUGUGGGAAGAGACUACCUUGAUUCUAAUGACCCCUCUCUCUUCUCUUUGCCUCUGGUAGAAAACAGUGGUGGAGCCUGCGCCACAGGGACAAUGUCUGCUACAGGUCUACAAUCUGGCUGGCAGUGACAUCAACCUGAACAUCCCCGGGAGUAACCUCUUCUCACAACCCAUCAAAUCCUAUGAGGUAAACCAGUUUGGCAGAUUUGUAAAACAGUACAACAGUAAAGCACAUUACAGGAUAAUACCAAACAGGCUGUUUUACUGUAACCUAACCAUAGAAUGAAUGUACCCAUGAGGAUGCGGUCAAAUUGCUCUGGUCUGAGUGGCUUUGUUCAUUCCUGUAAGUCUAUUUCAAUUAACCUAACUUAAGUUGAUAAUGCUAUGCUUAUAACACAUCAUGUAUUUAUAAACUUUGACAGCAGCUCUUACAGAAAGCAGUCCUACCAGAUAGGAGUGUGUUCUUCUGGGGUCAACGUGUACUUUGUUUUGGCUAUAUAGCUGAACAUAAACCUUGUUAAUAACCCUCCCGUUGUCCUAGGGUCAAAAUGACCCGCCACUGUGUUGAACCAACUUUAUUAAAUUUUUAUAUUUUUGGGAUCAUUUGUGAGAAGGAGGCAGUGAGACUUUAAAGAAAGUAUCACUGCCUCCUUCUCACAAAUGAUCCAAAAAAUAUAAAAAUUAAAUAAAGUUGGUUCAACACAGUGGCGGGUCAUUUUGACCCUAGGACAACGGGAGGGUUAAUUCACUCUGCCACUGUGUCUGUCCAUUAGGAUCCACCAGCAUAUCAGCAUAUUCAACUAGGGGGACACAACAAGACCAUCAGUAUGGGGGUCACCCAAAAUGAAAACCCUUACCAGUGUGUCCAAACCUUCACAGAGCAGAAAGCCUACACUCUCGUCCUGCACAGCAAUGGCUCUGGGAUUGUGUGUCAAUUAGUGAGUCUGAAGUCUGAACUGAAGCGCCAUAAUGAUUACAACAGUUAUUGAAUGACCAGCAGCUCUUCUUAAUAGCCUACUACAGAAAUGAUUUAUGUAUUUGCAAUUUUCAUGAUCUUUUCUGUUUAUUUCUUUUAUUUUUUCACAAUAUAGGCGACAGACAACAUACAUAAAAGUGAAAAAAUGGAAGCGAACCUGAGGUAAGGAUGUUUUUAUGUUUGAAUUGAACUGGAGGAAAGAAUAAGAGUCCAUCGUCUUGUGAAUCAUCUUGUACAAUGGACAAAGACAUGUUCCUCAUGACUCUCAGCUAUAGAUAAAUGAAUACACGUUAUCCCAUCUCUGCAUACCUGCAUUAGAAAUGUAUUGGAGCUGAAGCAUUUAACAUGUACACUGUCUCGAACAGAUUCAUCAACACAUGGAGUGAGGCUGUGAACAUAACAGUGGGUGGUGUGGACUUUUACGUACCUGCUGACUAUGGCAUAUCUCCCCAUAACAGUGUGGAAAGAAAAGUGUGAGUAUGACUCGCAUAACAAAUGUUAAAGUAUCUCAUCCCAGUCCACUGACAGAAUAUCCUAUAACUGAUAUUCCUAAUUUUCUAACACUGAACAUCUGACUGAUAUAUUAACAAAUCAGUAAUAGAUACAGUACUAGAUCAUAUCUCAGUAUCCACAGAUCACUUUUACCUCUGCCUUCUCUAAAUCCUUCACCUAUCCCAUCUCUCACAGGUACACAAAUGAUAAGUGUACAUCAGGAUCACAGAAUUCCACCAUCCACCUGGGCCUGCUUGACUUUGGAGCCUCGUACACUGUCAUUCUCAAAGGGGUGAGUCAGGCCACUGGCUUUACCACAAAAUACCAUACUGUAGAUACUAUAUGUGCUUCCUGCUACAGCCUGAAGCCAGUAUAAGUAUAAAUACCUGGACUAGCACAGUACUAGCUACCUCCAGUACUAGCUACCUAGUAGUUUAACUUGAGUAAGUGUAUGUGAUCCCUGCGAGAAUUGAACCCACAACCUUGGCAUUGUGGUCCUCUGUAGCUCAAUUGGUAGAGCAUGGCGCUUGUAACGCCAGGGUAGUGGGUUCGAUCCCCGGGACCACCUAUACGUAAAAAUGUAUGCACACAUGACUGUAAGUCGCUUUGGAUAAAAGCGUCUGCUAAAUGGCAUAUUAUUAUUAUAUUAUUAUUGUUAGCAUUGUCAGUGCCUGCCCUGGCAUACAGUACUAGCCUCUUUUACUUUUUUCCAGGGCCCUGGAGAGAUCAUUCUCCAGAAAAUGGAGGAUGUGAAGGCCAAUGAUGUCCACAUAGCCUGGCAGAUUCCCCAGUACGUCCUGAUCACAGCAGGAGAAGUCAUGUUCUCCAUCACAGGCCUCGAGUUCUCCUACUCACAGGUUGGUAGUUGUCUUAUUCACAGGUCAGCAGUGAUUAGUAAUUGAUUAUUGGUUGAGUAUUGAUAAUAAACCUAAAAUGCCUACAUACUGAAGGUACCUCUGAAUAUCUGAAAGAAUUGGUGUGUCCAAUAUGAUGAAAAUUCCACCUUUCAGAGGGCAAGAUGGAGCUAAAAUCAUAUUGCUUAUACCAACCUGAACCCUUUCAGAUCUACAUGAAGUGCCUAGGGGGAUUACAAGAUUAUGGGUUGAUUAUUUGGAAUUCCGCCUCUACAGUCGUGAAAAGUUUUGAGAAUGACACAAAUAUAAAUGUUCACAAAGUCUGCUGCCUCAGUUUUUAUGAUGGCAAUUUGCAUAUACUCCAGAAUGUUAUGAAGAGUGAUCAGAUGAAUUGCAAAGUCCCUCUUUGCCAUGAAAAUGAACUUUUCCACUGCAUUUCAGCCCUGCCACAAAAGGACCAGCUGACAUCAUGUCAGUGAUUCUCUCGUUAGCACAGGUGAGAGUGUUGACAAGGACAAGGCUGGAGAUCACUCUGUCAUGCUGAUUGAGUUAGAAUAACAGACUGGAAGCUUUAAAAGGAAGGUGGUGCUUGAAAUCAUUGUUCUUCCUCUGUUAACCAUGGUUACCUGCAAGGAAACACGUGCCGUCAUCAUUGCUUUGCACAAAAAGGGCUUCACAGGCAAGGAUAUUGCUGCUAGUAAGAUUGCACCUAAAUCAACCAUUUAUCGGAUCAUCAAGAACUUCAAGGAGAGAGGUUCAAUUGUUGUGAAGAAGGCUUCAGGGCGCCCAGGAAACUCCCCAGAACUUAAUCCCAUUGAGAACUUGUGGUCAAUCCUCAAGAGGCGGGUGGACAAACAAAAACCCACAAAUUCUGACAAACUCCAAGCAUUGAUUAUGCAAGAAUGGGCUGCCAUCAGUCAGGAUGUGGCCCAGAAGUUAAUUAACAGCAUGCCAGGGCGGAUUGCAGAGGUCUUGAAAAAGAAGGGUCAACACUGCAAAUAUUGACUCUUUGCAUAAACUUAAUGUAAUUGUCAAUAAAAGCCUUUGACACUUAUGGAAUGCUUGUAAUUAUACUUCAGUAUACCAUAGUAACAUCUGACAAAAAUAUCUAAACACUGAAGCAGCAAACUUUGUGAAGACCAAUACUUGUGUCAUUCUCAAAACUUUUGACCACGACUGUACAAGGAGAGAAUAUAAUGUUUGAGUAAAGAACGUGUGUAUCAUCAUUAUCAUCCCCCAGAGCUGUGUGAUCUGUCCCUGCUUUUCCCCACCAAUGAUAAACAAUAUAUAGGUCUAUGUUCAAUACAGGCCCCAGCUAGCAUGAAGUCAGUGCUGCAGGCUGGCUGGCUACUGACUGUAGCCUUUGGCAAUGUCAUUGUGCUGAUCGUAGCAGAGGGGGCAGGUCUGGAUCAGGUAAGUCCCAGUCCCAGUAGUAGAAGAGUGCUUUUGUUUUCAAUGUGCCUUUUAGAAAACCUUGUCAUUGCACCAGUAAACCCAUAGACUGCAUAAACCAGUUAAAAACAAUAAAACAAAACCAAAUGUCUGUGGGAGUCCACUAGAGGGCAACCAAUCACAACAACAUUACUGUCUUGGUCCCUUUCUCAAUUAGAGUACACCUGGAUAAUAAAUAUGGCUUUCAAAUAACGACAUAGACCUGUGUUCAAUGUGUUUAACGUUGAGUCGAACUUCUAAUUCCCAGUGGAUGGAGUUCCUGUUGUUCGCUGGCCUCCUGGUGGCAGUCUGCAUCAUCUUCUCCAUCAUGGCUUACUUCUACACCUACGUAGACCCUGACGAGCUAGACAAGCUGUUCCCAGACAAGACAGUCAAUGACGACAAUGAAGAAAACUUGAAAAAGAACCAGAAAUACCAGACAGACGACAGUAUGUACUUGAACCCAAUAGAGAAGAGCACUAAGAUGUAGCUUUGGUGACUGACGUACUGUGUUACUAUUUGCCCCUCGAUAGACUUGUAAGCCCCUAUUGUGGAAUGUUUUUAUGCAUUGGUAAAUCGAAGCAAAGUAUUAAGAUUUGGUGAAUAGUGAUUGAGUGUAUUUUCACUGAGCCUUACUGUAUGUAAUUUGUUGUUGUCACACCCUGUCUGUGUGAUCUUAUGUACUAACCAGAGUUAGCACUCCAACCCAGACAUGUCUCAAAAUCCACAGGUGAAAUGAGGACCAGUAGGAACAAAACAACAUGUUGACAUACUUUAUGGCAAAAUAUAUUGCAUUUUUGUGAAUGUAUAACAUUUUACAGAAUUUUGCAGUACUGUACAUAAUGAAAUUAACUUUAGUUUCCUGUUCAUAAUGCUGUUCAAAGUAGACAAGGAACACAACUGUCUCUUAUAGUUAAUGAUAAAUGAAAGGGAACCUAUCCAAAAACAACACAAUAACAGAACAUUGUAAAAAUGGUCCCUCUUUACACUGGCUACUUGAGAUAAAACUGGAGUAGACUGAAGUCCAGUAAUACUUGACUAAACUAAAGUACAGAUGACAAAGGCAACAGUAAACACGUAGUCCCCCACGAAUGAUGUAGUGCCCCCCUUGGGCUAAUUGAGAUAUUGCGUGUGACUAACAAUUUUCAGUUAAUUACUAUAGCUCCUCGCCUUGGUCAGUCAGUGUAAUUGUGUAAAUGCCGGAUCUCUAUGGCAAGACGCAUCAUUCACCCAAGUUUCAUCAAAAUCGUCCCAGUGCUGUCUGAGAUAUCGCGUGUGACUAACGUACGAACAAAAGGAAGGAUGGAGACGAAUCCAUAGUCCCCUCCCCGAUUUGAUCAUGGGGGACAACUAUGGAGUCAGGGAAAAGUCUCAAGACACACUAGAGAAGAAAUGCUGCUCCUAAUCAUCGGCAUAACAUUUUCUAAUCCUGCGAACCAUUUCACUGUAAUUUUACUGUAAAUUAAAAAUUAAACUCUAAAUAAAAAGUACAUUUCUCUA